AUGCUGAAGAUGUCCCAUGGCCACAUAACCCAGGAAACUCUAGAAAUCAUGAAAGAGUCGGAAAAGCGACUGGUUGAGGAAUCGGUCAAUAGAAGUAAGACUGUAUCAAGUAAAGAGGAGCAAGAAUCUGAUGAGCCAAACUCACGACAAGAACCUCAGGUUAUUUCAUAUUUUGUGUUAAUUCCGGUUUCUACGUUAGUCAUUCUAAAAAAUCUGACUGUGUAACGGAGCAUAUAAAUGUAGUUCAGAUUUUUGUCCUUUAUAUGAUAUUUUUAAUUAUUCAUACGAUUUACAUUUAUCUUACAUUUUUUUUAUUUUUUUUAUUUUAUAUAAAUCUAUUCCAAUGAUGCAGAGGCGGAAUCCAAGCCACGGACAUGCUAGGAAAAGAGCCAAGGUACACUUACAUACAGCCCAUUCCGCCCACAUCUCAGAAACAGUCACUUGUUACUUGUACUCUCUCCAAUCGAAUUUCAGAAGGCAUUAGAGCAGGGAUAAGCAAUACUUAGCCCAGUUUUGCUCAACCCUAACUCAAGAAAAGGCUUAACUUCUGUGUGUGUUUUGUUCUUAUAUGCCAUUGUCAGUUGAUCCAAUUAAAACACCUGUCAUUCUUAGCACUUUUGCUCUACUUGCGUUUGUGUCAUGAACACUGACAUUUAUUGGGGCAAUAAUGAAAUCUUGUAACUUUCAGUCACUCUAUAACUUUAAAGUUACAGUUCUUACAAUAUUAAUAGGUUAAUAUUUUAAUGUAGGUUCCCUUAGUACAACUUCCAUGAUGCAUUACCAUUCUAAAGAAUUGCAAAUACCUGUGAGAUUUCUAGUUCUCCAGCAUUUGGGACCUACCUUUCGAGUAUCUCUGUUUUCAUUUUUAAUACAUUACAGAAACGCUAUAGUAUUAUAUUACAGGAGAGAUUUUCUUCCUUUUAAAUCGGUCAAAAUACUUGCCAAAUUUAAUCGACCAUAAAAAUGAAGAAAUAUGAUUCUGUACUACCACCCAGUGCACAUCAAGUAUGAGCCCAUAUAGAUAAUAUUAUUCAUCUCAUUAGACUUGGUUAACACAGACCAAAAAAAAUGGUCUACCGGUUACCCUAAGCAUGUCAGACUGUUGCACUUGGCCAUAAUGUUUUAUUUGAUCAAAAAAAUCUACCCAAAAAGAGAAAUUUGGGAUUAUUCUAGCUUUAGUGACUGAAUAAUCAAACUUUUAUUAAAGACAGGAGGCCAAUAUUUGCUUUAACCUUCUUUACUGAACCUCCCAGCAGCAAAGAAAUAGUUAAACAUGUAGAGAGAAAAAUCAACCAAUCAGGACAUAUAUUAGAACAUGACAGUCCGUCAGGCUCCUCCCAAAUCCUCUUUCUGAUGCAGCCGAUCAUAAGUGUAGUCAACCGUGUAAACUUGAGUAAUCCAUCAACCAUGUAAACCAGAACGCAGCCGAUACUAGAGACCAAUGUAACGUAGUCUUCGUGGCUCAUGCAGAGAAACUUCACACUAAAAGACAGAGAAAGAUCGUAAAAGUAUGGUCACUUGGACUGGGUGUCCGCAAGAUAUCUACAUACACAGAUCUACCCCCUGGAUAUUAUGAGUAUAAACUAUUGCAAAAUCUAAAACAGUCAGAACCAGGCAGAUUAAUAAGCACCUAACUAGAGCAAACAGAAAAAACAGCCAGAUUAAUAUAAAGUCUCACAAGAAACCUAGAAAAAAUGAAGAGUAUAUGUGACCUGAAAAAAAAAAUCUGGGGUGGGAUACCAAAAGGGUGGGAAAAUAUUCGCCUCCUGUCUUUAAUAAAUUUUAGAUUAUUCAGUCACUAAAGCUAGAAUAAUCCCGAAUUUUAUGGCAAGACAGGAGGCUUCAUAUUUGCUGUUUUAAAGUGUGGAAACCAAAGAGAAAAAAACAUGGGCCGAUUGUCGAAAAUAAAAGGUACAGAAGGUAGAUUCUCUACACCAAUCAGCGCAUUUUAGGAUGUCUGCAAGGGAUCCCCCAGCCAUAAAGGCGGAAGAGGCAGUAGCACCUCUGACAGAAUGAGCUCCAAAAGAGCAAUCUAUGCCCGCUAAAUCGGGAAGCCAUUUAAUCCAGCGGGCAAUCGUGGGACAAGACACUGGCUUGUGUGGUCACACAUAUGAGAUAAACAGGGGGUACGUAGAGGUGAUGUAGAUGCGACGUAGUGUUGGACACAACGAGCAACGCAGAGCGACGGUCUGUCAGAAAAAUAAGGGUAAGUAAUUGUGAAGGAAUUGUUUUUAGUGCGGUGAGAAAUGUUGAAACGUACACCUUGGGGCGUGAAAUCAAUAGCGUGAAAGUCAAAUGCCUGAAUAUCAGACACUCUUCUAAAAGAAACUAAGCAGAAAAGGAGAUGCUAAUUUGGCUGACAGUUGUUGUAGAGAGUGCUUCAUUGGGUGGCCAAGUCUCCAGGAAGGACAAAACAAGAGCAACAUCCCCAAAAUGAGAGUAUUUUGGGACAGGAGGUCGAGCAAGACGAAUGCCACGCAACAGUCUACAGAUGGAGGGGUGUUUACCUAUUGCUGUAUUAUCAAUGGGGCCAUGAGCUGCCGAAAUUGCUGAACGAAACACAUUUAUGGAUCUGUAGGAUUUACCUUGAUCAAAAAGAGAGGACAGAACGUUCAUAACGUUAAUCAAAGAAGCUGAAACGGGAUCAAUACCCCUUUCCAAACACCAGCAAUGCCAAACUCGCCAGUCUGAGAGGUAAGAGCUUCUAGUCCCUGGGGCCCAUGAGUCCCAUAAAAGUUCUCUAGCAGUCUUUGCAAGUCCUGCGGCAUUCCAGGAUCCCCUGAAACAGUUCAGGCCACUAGCUGGAGAUGACCCUGCAACACGAGAGGGUGAAAGUUGCCUGCGGGAUCUUUGAGAAGAUCGUGCGUGGCAGGUAGCAGUAGUGGAUAAUACACAGACAUCUCCAAGAGAUUGGGGAACCAUGGUUGGGUACGCCACAAAGGGGUCAGCAGUGUUAUUGUGGUCCCCUGAGUCCUGAGAUGAUGGAGAGUGCGAAGGAUCAUGUAGAACGGAGGGAAGGCAUAAGCUCCAGUCAUUGGCCAAGAUUGAAGGAAGGCGUCUACUGCCAGAGAGGUCGGAUCCGGCAACCAACUGAAAAAAGCGUCAGUCUGUCGAUUCAGACGAGACGCAAAUAGAUCGAGGUUGAAUGGACCCCGAAGAAGAUGGAGACAGUAAAAAAAGUGUGGAUCCAAUUGCCAGUCGCUGGAGUCUCUCCAGUGUCGAGAGAACCAAUCUGCGACUAAGUUGUCGGAACCAGGUAGAUAUUCUGCUCGAAGGGAGAUGUUCCUGUUUAGACAAAAUUGGUAUAAUUCUUUUGUGAGGUCUGAGAGCAUUUUGGAACGGGAUCCCCCUAAGCGAUUCACGUAUUGAACAGCUGAGAUGUUGUCCAUUCUCAGCACUAGGGAACAAUUGUAAGAGUCCUUUGCGAAACUGCGAAUCGCAAAGGAACCGGCAAUCAACUCGAGGCAAUUGAUGUGCAGUGCCCGUUCUGAUGGGGGCCAAGGACCUCCAGUAGAGAGAUUUGCGCAUGAUGCACCCCAGCCCAGAAGACAGGCAUCUGAUUCUAGGAUGUAAUCUGGCUUUGAUCCGAAGAUUGUUCUCCCGUUCCAUGCAUCCAUAUGGUGUAGCCACAAAUUCAGUUCGAAUCGGACUUCGUCUAUCAAGGAGAUCUGUUGAUCGUAAGAGGCAGUGUGACAUAAAGAGCGGGUCUUCAGACGUUUCAUUGCACGGUAAUGUAAAGGAGCUGGGAAGAUCGCCUGAAUAGAGGCGGAGAGUAGUCAGAUUAUGCGAGCGAAGACGGAUAAUCAAAGAGGCUAGAAUUUUUCUGAUGUCUUUUUUGAUGUUCUUGAGCUUUACUGAAGGGAGUUGUAGGAUAGCCUAUACGGAAUCUAUUUGGAAUCCAAGGAAUUGAACCAUCUGAGACAGGGUGAGAACGGAUUUUUGAACAUUGAUCACGAACCCCAAGUUUUGUAACAGAGCUGUGGUCAUGUCUGUGUGGAGGCGUAGAGUGCCUGGGUCCCGAGCCAUAAGGAUGUUAUUGUCCAGAUAUAUGAUGGAGUGAAUCUCCUGAGAGCGUAGCAAGGCCAUGACCGGUUUCGUCAGCUUGGUGAAACACCAAGGUGCGGAACAGAGUCCGAAGGGGAGGCAUGUGAACUGCCAUAAGUCUUGAUGCCAUCUGAACUGUAGGAAACAGUGAUGGGCCGGUGUUAUAGGAACCGUGAGGUAAGCAUCUGUCAAGUCCAAACGGGAGAACCAGUCUCCCUCGCAGAGUAGGUCUCGAAGGCGCUGGAUACCCUCCAUUUUGAAAUGUUGGUAAACAAUAAAAUUGUUUAGGUCUUUCAGGUUGAUAACUGGUCGAAAGUCUCCUGACUGUUUUCGGACCAGAAAUAUGUUGCUUAUGAAUCUGUGAGGGGACAGAGAACGUUCUGUAGCGCCCUUGGUGACAAGGUCGUUUAGCACGGCCUCCAAAGUCGCAUUGUCCUCAUGAGACAUGUGCAGAGGUGGAGGGGGAGACUCCUAUAGAGGGUCGUUUGCAAAAUCUAUAUGGAAACCAGAUACAGUUUGAAGGAUCCAUGGAUCCUGAGUUAAUAGAGACCACUGUUGGGGAAAAAAGGGUUAACCGGCCUGCAAUAGGAAUUUGAGUCGAUUACCUGAAGCAGUGCAGGUACUGUAUGAACCUGUCCCCAAAUAACAGUCCGUUAGCCUCUGGACCAAGUUCUUUGGUACCUAAUUCUGCCAAUUUGGCGUCAAUUUUAUAUAAUACGGCUUUACGCCAUUCAAAGAAAUAGCUACAUUAGUGUUGCCCAACAGGCAUAACGCUCUUUGUGGCCAUUCACGCACCAUGUGUGCGUCAAAAUUGCCAUCUGCUAGCGUCUCGUCAGCGAUUAUAAAAAAUCUGGAUAAGCGGUCCUGCUAUAUCCUUCAGCUUGUCUUGGGUGGCUUUUAAGCCAACUUCGAUUCCUUUGCGGGGAUCUUUACCCGUCUUAGUUAGAAAAGUGACCAGGAGUGGGUCAAGUUCAGGGGUGACAGCCACCUUAUUUUAUAGGCCGUGGACAUUCUGCUUUUAAUUUGGCUCUAAUCUCCUUUUCUAAAGGUUUACGAAGCCAUAAUCUGCAAUAUUUGUCAAUGUGAUCAGGGGGUGUCCAUUCUGCUGAACGAGGAUGUCUGAUGCAGCGUGGGUCAAAUGGAGGACAACCAUUGGUAUCCAGUAGGAUAUCGUCCUUAGUAUUGUCUAAAUCAGUAGUGGACAUAGGAUCAGUGUCCUGAAAGGACUGGUUUUGGGGUUGGAGAAAAGUCUCCGUAACAAAUUCAGAAGAGGAAGGAUCACCUGGGAGAUCCUCAUCUGGAUAUGCAUUGUAUUCGUCUAUCACUCGAAGGUGAUAGCCAGAGGUUGAACCCUUUAACCCCUUCAUGACGGAGUCAAUAGUUCACCGCUGUCACAUUAAGUGCACCCACACUUAUUAUAAAUCAUUUUGUUCAGGAGAAACAGGGCUUUAAUUUAUCAUUAACUAUUCAUAUAUGGAACAUAAUUUAUUAUGAAUAAAAUUUAAAAAAAUGUGAGAUGAUUUUUUUUUUUUUUUUACAUUUGUAUUUCCGUCUGACAUUUUAGCUGUGAAUGUCAUAAUACUGUUAGGUUUUACUGCAAAAAAAUGCACAUAUUUUUAAUCAGUGAUGUCCCACGAGUACAACAGUACCCCCCAUUAACAGGUUUUAUGGUGUUUUGGAAAGUUACAGGGUCAAAUAUAGAACAUUCCAUUUUCAAAUUGAAAUUUGCCAGAUUAGUAAUGUUACCUUUGAGACGGUGUGGUAGCCCAGGAAUGAGAAUUACCCCCAUAAUGGCAUACCAUUUGAAAAAGUAGACAACCCAAGGUAUUGAAAGUGGGGUAUGUUUAGUCUUUUUUAGUAGCCACUUAGUCACAAACACUGGCCAAAGUUAGCGUUCAUAUUUGUUUUUGUGUGGGAAAAAAAGCAAAAAACGAAUAUUUGGCCAGUGUUUGUGACUAAGCGGCUACUAAGAAAGGCUGGACAUACCCCACUUGCAAUACCUUGGGUUGUCUACUUUUGCAAAUGUGUUUACCAUCAUAGGGGUAAUUCUCAUUCCUGGGCUACCAUACGCUCUCAAAGGCAUCAUAACCAAUCUGGCAAAUUUCAAUGUCAAAAAAAUGAAAUGCAAGCCUUAUAUGUGACUCUCUAACUUUCCAAAACACCAUAAAACCUGUACAUGGGGGUACUGUUAUUCUCGGGAGACUUCACUAAACACAAAUAUUAGUGUUUUAAACCAGUAAAACAUAUUACAACAUAUUAAAAGUGCCGUUCGUUUGUAAAAAAAAAUGCAAAAAAAGUCACUUUUACUUAAAAUAUCAUCGUUGUAAUACAAUUUAUCAUUUUGAAACACUAAUAUUUGAGUUCAGCGAAGUCUCCCGAGUAAAACCGUACCCCCUAUGUACAGGUUUUAUGGUGUCUUGGAGAGUUACAGGGUCAAAUAUAGUGCUUGCAAAUUAAAUUCUCUGCACUUUCUCCCUGUGUUGUCAGGCAUGUCAAUCAAAUUUUAAUUAAUCAAAUCACAUAAUUAUGUUAAAAGAUUACUUAAAUAUACACGUAGAAUUUUAAUAUAUAUGCAUUUAUAGGUAUUUAAAUUCUACGUGUAUACUAAUGUAAUCUUUUAUGUAAUUAUUUGAAUUUAUAUAUAUAUAUAUUUUUGCGGUUAUUUGUAUUUUAUAUAUAAAUAGAUAUAUAUACAAUGUCAUUUUAAGUGUAUUUUGUUACCUUAUAUAUUAACAAAAUACAGUUAGAAUGAAAUUACAUAUGAAUAUAUAAUUUAUAUUAAAUCUUGUUUCAAUAUUUUAUUUAUUGUAAUUAAAUGUAUAUAUAAUAUGUGUAUUUAUCUAUUAUAUAUAAUAUAUAUACAUAUUCUAUAUGUAACGUCAUUCUAAGUGUAUUUUAAUACUAAUAUAUGUACUUAUAUUAAUAUUAAAAUACAUUACGUAUGACAUUACAUAUAUAUAAUAUGUAUAUGUAAUAUAUAUAUACAUAUAUUUAUUUUAUUUUAUAACCUGUUUAAUUCUUUUUUUUUUUUUACACUUUGCACCAGCAGAGGGACUGUCUGACAUUUCAGACAGUCCCCCUGCUGGCAGAUCCACAGCCAGCUAUAGGGGGCCAUGUGAUCGCUCUUUGAGAGUGAUCAAAUGGCCCCCGGGGGCCUCAUUUGUCGUGGGAGGGCUGCCUGGGCUGUGAGGCAGUCCUCCUGAAGCGGAGCGCCGGCUAGGUAAGUAUCCCGGGCACUCCAGGGCUCAAAGCCGUUAUGGCGUUCUAUGCCGCCGCCGCAACGUCUUUAAAGCCCAAUUAAAGUGGAACGGCAUAGAACGCCGUAACGGCGUGAAGGGGUUAUGGGGUCAGAUUCUGAAGUCAAAGUGGGUUUGGCAUGAGACAAUUUAGCUCUCUUUGCUGGGGCUUUGCCUUUGCCAGCAGAAGCACUGUUACCCUUCCAAGGGUACUUACGUGGGGCUUCGUCAUGGUCAGAGACCCUGGAAUCAUCCGGGCCUGACAAUUGCGUGAUGGUGGCAGUAGUGGCUGUCUGGUCACGAAACGUUGCCAAGGCUUUGGGGAUAGAGUCUGCAAUUGCAGCUUGAAGCCAGGCUUUUAAUUCUGCUGACAGUGCAGGUCCUGGUUGGUCCGACAUGAUGACCAGUAAAAUAGUAGUGGGUUCACCACAGAAUCAGUAUACUAACAGGUAUAUAUAACAACUUUUAUUUAGUUAUUUUUUUGUAUUUAUUUAUUAUUAUUAAUAUAUAUAUAUAUAUAUAUAUAUAUGUGUAUAUAUAUAAACAAACUUGUCACAAACAAAGUAAAAGCAGGGGCUGUCUUAUUGGGGUUCACCCAGACAAUAUGCAGUCACCUUUAAGGGGACUCAGUGGGGUUCAUCCACAAUUAUGGCAGUUAAACUGUCAAUAUAAUAAUGACCGGGGUAACCUGUGCAAUCAAUAAAAAUAUAUAUAAGGGGUUCGCCCUGAGAGAUAAGGCACAAGGGGAUCACCCUCAAUAAAAGAGGCAAGAGGAGGUCACCCUCUAAUAGGCAUAGAGCUGUUUUGUAAGUUUGAGAGCAAUCUGAAAAUAAAACACAAAUAGGCUAUGAUAAGCAAGUGUUCUGUAAUAGUUUAAGAGUAACAACAAAAUGUACCAGCAGGGGGCAAUGAAUACUCACAGUUUAACAGAGCUGCAAUCCAGUAGCAGAGAGCAGUUCCUGAAAAGCGCGCAAACGGGAAAUCUAACCGCCGAACAGAAGAUGGCCGCCGGCAAGAAGGAGGAAGGCGUGAAAACUGCGUGUCAAUCAAGGACGCGAAAAAAACGUGCGGUACAGAAAUAGAUCGCGGGCGUGAUCAAAACGGACCGCAGCCACUGCAGUGGUGCUGUCUGAAGAUAAUUUCGUCAAGGAAAAAGAUUAGUAAGGUAUUACUUUAGAAAUAAAUAGUCAGAGAUAAAUAAAGUCACAGGGAAGGGACUGGACAGUGGGCUGACCUGAGAAGGGUCAUUGUGAUAAAGGGCACAGAUAAAAUAAACACACACAUUACCUCAUGGGAGUAAAACAGACAAGGCAAGCAGCAAAGAAAGAGGAUUUGGGAGGAGCCUGACAGACUGUUAUGUUCUAAUGUGUCCUGAUUGGUUGAUUUUUUUUUUCUCUAUUUGUUUAACUAUUUCUUUGCUGCUGGGAGGUUCAGUAAAGAAGGUUAAAGCAAAUAUGAAGCCUCCUGUCUUGCCCUAAAAUUAACAUUAUAAUCACUGCUUUAUUUCAUCCUUCAAAAAAAAUAAAAAAUACUUCUGUAGAGCAGGGCGUCAAAGAUGGCUGGCUUGGCAGAAAAAAAAGCCAUAGACAUGUGAAUUGCACUUACUCAAAGGCCUUAACGGUAGAAAUCCAACAUUCAAAGUUCAUAUUGGUAUCCAAAAUUGGCAGUGUAUUCAGCAAUUAUAUUAAAAAAAAAAAAAAAAAAAAGUUUUCUCUAAUUUGUACAUAUGAUGUAUGCAUCACCCAAAUACUGAGUCAGAAAAGUUUCAGGGUGUGAGAAUAAUUAGAAUUGUAAUUUUGACUUCAGUUUAAAUUAAUGAUGUAGGUGAAUGCAGCCGUUAUUGGUAGUAAUCACAAUUCCAUUUGAAUCUAAACACAUGAGUUUGUCUAGUAGAAGUUAAUAAAUGAAUGCCUGCUUUGACAUAUUUUUCCACUUUACAUCUUUACUUUGUAAAGCUAUUUGUCAUAGCUAUCACAUGCUAAUUUUACCUUGCCCAUUUUUUUUUUUUUGCCAAUAUGGCAUAAUAUUCUUCUCAUGUAUGGACUUUGUUGCAUAUAUUUUUCCAAUAAUACUUAUAGAGCUCACUUGUAGAUUCCAGAACUAUAUAUCCCAAAGGCCCUACAAUCUAAUCCAGGAGAAUGCAUAACAUUUUAAAGGGAACCUUUUGGUUUGUGAAACACAUAUCUUUUCUAUACCUGUUAAAGAUCCCCUUUGUGUAAUGUUUAUUGGGUAUGCCUGCAGCUUCAUUUAGACUUUCCAAACCAUGAAGGAUAUUUUUUCUUAAAGUCACAGCAGGGGUUUAAGUUAUAAGUGAUUUAUCAUCAAGAGCCGUUCCAUUCAUCUCAUGAAACCGUGGAACUUUUCUGUAAAUUGAUAACAAUUUUACCACUGCUGCUAUAAUUUUACACAUAGCUACACAACACACAGAACUUGUAUAAAAUUUAAACAGCCAGUCAAACAAAACUAUAUCGCUGAUCUGGUACCCUUACAGGAUGAAAUGCUAUACAGUUCAGGUGCUUCCACUAUAACCACUUCAGUUAAAGUGGUUAUAAUGAUUAGAUUAAUCUCUUAAAGGGACACUAUAGGCACCAGAACAACUACAGCUUAAUGUAAUUGUUUUGGUGAGUAUAAUCAUUUACCUUCAGGCAUUUCCAUGCAAACACUGCCGUUUCAGAGAAAAGGCAGUGUUUACAUUUCCCCCUAGGGAAAGCUCCACUCCUCAGAUUGCCACUGGCGGUGCUUCCUGGGGCAGUGCUGCAGGCUCUGCAUGGAGAUGUUGCGUUUUCCUCGUAGAUACAUUGAUUCAAUGCAUCUCUAUGAGGAGGUGCUGAUUGUCAAAAAGGGCAUUUGGCCCUGCCCCCAUCCCACCUCCUUGCUGAUUUCAGCCAUUCCAAUGCUUUCCCUAUGGAAAUCAGGUGAAUUAAAAUGUUCUAGGUGGGGAAUGGUAAAUUACACACUAUACGGUGAGGAAUAAAUGUUUGUGUUCCUGACCCUAUAGUGUUCCUUUAACUAAGUUGUACUUGGUGGAUAGCCCUGGAUUUAAGUGUAUGGUUGACUUGUGAGCAUUGGGGUAAAGCACGGUAGUUCAACAUGUGCCACAUUAGUUCUCUUUUCUUAUAAUUUUUUUCAUACGGUAAAAUAUUUUCUUUAUUCCUUAGUCUAACUCAAAGUUAAAGCUGGUCAGAGGCUUAGCUGUUUGUGAAGAAUCAACUGGACCAUUUGUGGAUGGACCUUUAGAGCCUCAGGUAAAUUUUAAACUUAAAGUAGACUUACUCUCUGUAAAAGAAAGGUCACCUUCAAACAUUUAUGCAUGUAAUCCAUGUAGCAAGGCCCAAAAUUUCCACUACCCAUUGGCAAAAAAUUCAGCCUUGGCAAGUAGACACUUACCACUGGUGAGUGUGCUAUGGAACCUGCAGGCUUGGAGUGGUGAGUAACAUUUCAGGCCUGGCUAGUAGCACAGGACUUGAAAUGUUAAGCUCUGCAUUUAGUGUUACAUACAGCCCAUUCCGCCCAGAUCUCAGAAACAGUUACUUGUUAGUUUUGCAUUCAGUGUGGGCUUAGUGGUGCCCUAUUUCCAGCCCAGCAUGGUUUCAUAAAUAUGAGAAAUGAAGAUUGUGGAUUUGGUUCUCUGAAGCACUGCAAAUGUAAAAGGUUUUUUUUUGUCUCUGAAAUAAAUCUUUGGGGCAUCUAUGGAGUAAGCAAUGUUUAAUUUGUAAUCGCUCGCUUCAGUUGAACCGAACAUCCUUAGUGCCCUCUUUGUGUUUUUUAUACUCAGUCAGGUCUGCCUUUUCAAUGUCCAUAAUUACUAACUGUUAACUGAAAUCACGCUGUCUGCUCCGGUCAUUAAAUCUUUUUCAUUAAUGUUUGAGUAUAUUCUAAUUUAUUUUAUUUUUUUUCAGGAUGUUAUUCAUUUGCAUAUCAGCUGUCCAUCUGAUAAGGAGGAGAAAAAUGGCAAAGAUGAGAAGGAAGAUAAAAGUAAAGAAAAGGGGCCAAAGAAAAUGUUGUCCAGAGGUUUGUAGACCGCUUUCCAGAAAUAUAAUUUCAAACUGCACAUAACCUUUGAAGGUUCAUAUUUUAGUUUUUAGCAUAUUAAGCUAUUCUUUUCAUUGAAUUCUUAUAGAUUCUAGCCAAGAAUACACGGAUUCUACGGGAAUUGAUGUACAUGAAUUUCUAGUGAACACACUGAAGAAUAACCCAAGGUAAUACAUUAAAUUCUCAUUGAUGUGAACCCUCUUGGCUUCGUUUUGUUACUGUAAACUAGAUGUUUUAUGAAAUUGAGUUUGUUCAUGAGCUAUUAUUUUUAUUUUAUUUAAUAUCUUGUGGAGCUCAAAUACCAUUUAGAAGCAUAGUUUGCUUGAUGAACAUUGAAGGACAGAUGCAAUAUUUUAGACUCUAUUGGUGUAUUUUGAAGCUUUUAUAUAAACCCUGCUGUCCCAUAUCUGGCCCAUGGCUUCAUUUAUACUUGAAAAGCUUGUAGUAAAUGUUUAACGUGCUGUGCCUACACAAUAGUAUUUUAAAGUAAAAGUAAACUUUUCAUUGCAAUAUCGCUUCUUGAGUAAGUAAAAAAAAAAAAAAAAAAAAGAAGUUUAAAAUAAUUUUGUGGGCUAAGCAAUGAAUAAUGGGUCUUUAGCUUUGCAAAUAUGGAUACCCCUACUACUUUUUGAGUUCAGACAUUUCAGCCUUAUCCAUUGAUGGGUGCAUACAAUCCAGCACAUUGCCAAUAUUAGUCAAUUGGGAUGUCAUGGCUGUGUUAUGGGUAUUACUAAAGAGCUCAGUGACUUUAAGUACAGCACUGUCAAAGGAUGACACAUUUAAAUCAAAUCAAGUUUGUGAAAUUUCAGCCCUUCUAGAUCUCCCCUUGUCAAUUAUUAGAGAUAUUAUUGUGAAGUGAAAGUAUCUAAGAACAGCCCAGCCAUGAAAUAUUAGACCACAUAGAUUCACAGUUUCAAACUGCCUCUUAACUCAAAAUGUGCUUGUAUGUUCUAUUUCUCUCAUUGGGUGAUUUUGGUAGGGGGAGGCUGUGUUGGGUACCGCAGGCUCUACUUUGGGAUUGUUCCACUGGAAAAAGUUUUACCUGCUGAAAAAAAGCUUCACAUCAAGAAUCUCCCAACCCAUAUCUUCUGAGAUGAUGUUGUUCUGGUGGAGGGAGUUUUCCUUUAAUCCUUGGAAUCUUGUCUCUGUCAUUGUGCACUUUUAUAGCUGCCCCUAAAUCUGCUACUUAAAGUGAACCUCUUAUGACAGGUCCAAUUUGAAGGCAUUCUUUCAGCAACAAAACCACUAAAUCUUAAUGUAGUGGUUUUGGUAUGAGGACACUUGUCCCUGUAAUGCAAAAUGACGAUUGUAAUCAUUGCCGUUGUGAAAAAAAUGCAAUGUUUAAAUUUAUCACUACGGGUGCCUCUAGUGGCUGUCUGAGAUAUUUAAUUGUGAAUUCUUUUAGUUUUUGCACACAUUCGCUAAAUGCCAUCAUAUCGUGUCACUUAAAAUAUAUAUUUUUAUUAAUGUGCAUAAAGUUUUGCCAAUUUAUUAUAGGCAAUCUGUAUUGCUUCCUCAGCCACUUGUACUGUAUUGCUUGACUCUGCCACUUAUUGAUAUUAUAAUAUAGGUAGAAUUUAUCAUGCUAAGAUUGAACUGGUGGUUCCACUUAGCAGUUACCGCUUGGGGCAGGCUCUGUUUGCCUCUAGAAAAGCCUAUUUUGCCAAAUUGCUCAAACCGUUUCAUCAAGACCCAUGUCAAUUUAUUUUGCUUAAUUUGCUUCAUAUAUUAUGCUGUUUUAUGUUGUGUGUGCUUGAAACUUUGUGUUUAGUGUUAAAAUACCAAAAUGUAAUUUUGUAUGAUGUUUUAUUCAUCUAUGAUUAUGUUGUAUAGUGUUUUUCAUGAGUACCACAUGAACCGAAGUAGCUUUUUUUUCGACUGAUACCAAAUGUUUUUAAAUUUAUUACCAGGUUUAGUAACCAUGUGCCAUUUUUGUAGGGACAGAAUGAUGCUGCUAAAAUUAGAACAAGAAAUUCUUGAAUUUAUUAAUGACAAUAGGUAAGUCCCCAUCAAGAUGUGUAGUGAAAUCUGACAUGAGUACUCCAAUAUUGUCUUGCUAUUUUUUCCUUCUCACAACAGAUUAUAGUGUAAGUAUUUUAUCAAUACAACUCCACCUUGUAAAAAAUAAUCCAGUUUGUAGCAAGUCAUACAAUUUGACAAUUAAUCCUAAUAUGUAAUUAAGUGAAUUAACUGAACAGUGGCAAAUAGUGACUUCAAUUAGAUAAUUUACUGAAGCUGAAAUGAAGCACACUCACGCUCUACCCUGUGUUGGAUUCUCCCUGACGUUUAAAGGUCUUAACUGUAAAAUAAAUAUCUGUAUGUGUGUGUGUAACUUGUCUAUUAACCACUCACCACUGCUUUACAUGCUAUCUUAAAGGAACACUUUUUUGCUUGCGGUAGUGCUGUAUAUGUGAAACAUAUGUUCUUUAUUUUUUUCUCCAUUUUAUAAAAAAGCUGAACUUUUUAAUACAAAUCUGCUUUUUUUUAUAAAUAAACAUUUAGACCUUCUCAGCUGUUAAUCAGACUUCCUGCAAUACAGACAGCAAAUAUAGGAAUUGUUGUAUGGUGAAAUGCCCAGAGCACCUGCUUUUCUCAAACAGUGCAAAUAGUCUUAUAAUAAGCUUUUAGUAAGUGACAGCCGUCCUAUUCUACCAUCUAUUCUAGGAUAACAUUACAAAACAAUCAUUGUAUAAUAUAUUGUGCAUAAACAUAUAGUGUGUGUUCAUAUUUUGAACCUACAAGUGUUUUUUUGUUUUGGUGAAAGCCUUAUUUUCCGUCUCAAGUUACUGUAUCUAUUUCUGUAUCUCUUUUUCCAUCUAGCAAUCAGUUUAAGAAGUUUCCACAGAUGACCUCAUAUCACAGAAUGCUUUUACACCGUGCUGCUGCAUACUUUGGCAUGGAUCAUAAUGUAGAUCAAACGGGCAAAGCCGUGAUCAUCAAUAAAACCAGUAACACGCGAAUGUAAGCUUCAACCCAAGGCUACCUUUUUUUUUUUGUUUAGGCACUUGUAACUUAUUUUAUCGUUUUGUUUAAUUUCUAUUUAAAAUACCUCUUUGCUCAUCUUUUUUUUUUCCACAGCAUUAGCUUAUAUGUGGAUUAAUGGAAUUAAGUAUGUUUCUAAAAAAGACUAUAAUAAUCUUCUGAAAACAUGCUGCUCUUUGUCAUUUCCAAAUACAAACCUGGUACAAAUACCAGCAAUUAUACAUUAGGUGUAUGGUAGACUGAAACAUGUUUUACAGGGCUUUCACCCUAUUUAUUGUGCAGUAAUUCAAACCGUUUUUUCAGAGGCCCUUCUAAUCUUCAUAUUAUGUUUCUAUAAACAUUAUACAAUAAGGCGCCUUUGUUUUUUACAAUUUGAUAGAGAACCCUGCGCAGUAGGCUAUAGCAUUUUGUUUGUAAUAUGUAGAACUCAUAAGUGGAAGCUUUGAAAGAAGAGAAUUGCAUACAUUAUAUUUAUGGAGUUAUUUAGCUUUUGAUAUCACUAUUUGAAUUGUAAUGUAUGCAUAGAUAUUGCAUAUGGCCUCUAUUCAUAUGUAGCUAUUUAUUAUUUAGAAACACAUUAUUAUGACAUAUUUGUAUCAUUUAUUUAUUCAUUUCGAUAGUCUACUUUUUUUUUUUUUUUUAUCAUCUUUAAGUGAGUUUUUCUUUGCUGCAUUGGGAAAGUGAUAGCCUAAAGUUAGAAUAUUAGUCUUUAUAUAUAUAUAUAUAUAUAUAUAUAUUAAUGGCUGUUUUUGUGUGCCAAAAAAUCCCCCAAACAAACUGUAGCUAUGUAAAUAUGGUUCAGACAUAAUGGCUGUUUUUAUGUGUUUUAUAUUUUUUUUCCCCGCUCUUCUAUAUUACAGCUUUAUAUUUGGUUAGUUACACCAUAGAUUUGUUUCAUAUGGCUUUUGUAGAGGUCUAAAAAUUCCCAUUGAGGGGGCGUGGCCAACCGAGCACCAGAGAAGACGUGUUUAAACAGAGCUCCGUCCCAGAAUCUCAAAAAACCCGUUUUAAAUACGGAAAACAGACUCCAAAACACGCUGAGCGACAACUACCCUCACUCAGAAGACACAAUGGGGCGAAAAAACAGGAAACCUCAUCUUCCAGAGGCACCAAAAAUGCAGGAUAUCAGACUAUCCUUUGAGAGGCCUACACCGCGGGGCCCAGCCAAAAUGGCGCCCGACUUGCCUAGCGAGGAUGAGGCACUAGAGAACUAUCAGGAGGAGGAGGAAACCCCGGCCUCACAAUCGGAGGGGACCCCCUCUAAUGAGUCAGAGUCAGAUGAAGACUCUUCGCCGGCAACAAAGAGAGACAUUAAAAAUCUCCUGCUGGACAUGCGACGUGUGUGGAAAGCUGACCUCCUAGACACGCGCACGGAGAUAGGGACCCUCAAACAACGGGUCACAGAGAUCGAAACAAAAGAAGUAGCUAGGGACCAGAAAGUGCAGGACAACCACAACAAUCUGCAAGAAUUAACAGAGCAGGUACAGAAACUCACCAAGUCGAUGUUAGUGAUGGAGUCCAGGCACAGAAGGAGGAAUAUCCGCCUCCGCGGCAUCCCAGAGCACGUCGACGGCGAUGCAACAAUGCCCUUCCUCCGACGCUUCAUUGCCUCGCUGGGAAUAGGAGGCAACACAGGCUCAGAGGCACUAACAUCAGCAUUCCGGGUCCGCAAAGCCGCAGCUGCCCCUACAGACGCACCAAGAGACAUAAUUGCCGCGACCAAGGACAUUGCAGUUCGAUCGGCGAUUAUGGCCAAAUCAAGAGAGCUGGGAACCAUACACUUCGAAGGCUAUGACAUAGCCAUAUACGGGGACAUCCCUUUUGCCGUCCUCGCAGUCAAGAGACAGUUAACACCGGUGGCCAGACAGUUGAGAGAGGCGUUGAUCAGAUAUCGGUGGGGGGUGGAUGGCUCCCUGCAGGUAACACAAGGAAACGACGUACUCACCCUCUCUUCUCCUGAGGACAAAGAGACUUUCCUCCAAAGACUGAAACUGAACGCAAAGAUCCCAGUGGAAGCCCAGAAGUCGAAAAUAGAUACACAGGGACCCAACAGAGUUCACCCAUUAAACCCCCAGGCCAGACUCCUAGCCAAACCACGCCACUUGGAGACACACCACACUCAUAGAGGCCCCCCGAGGUUACCUUACUAAUAACUAGAAGCGAGACACACAAUAGUUGCUCACACUUCAUAAAUACGUACCCAUUUGAUGCCUGGUAAGCAGCAGCUAAACCCUCUCAACGACCUAAACACAGAGAUAACUUCCCAUGAUAUAAUGGAGGGGCCAAGCAGAGACCGCACUAGAGGUACUCCUGCUUUUCAACCCAUAUAGCUUAAUAUAAACAACACCACUCAGCGAUCCAAAUAUCAGCCACUAGUGAACAUGCUGUCCUAUCGUUAUUUCAGCUCAUUAGAGUUGCUGUGUAAACUUUAUAACUUUUCAUAUUGUGUACCAGAUGUAUUUUACAUUGUGAAAACACCAAUAAAAUACAAAUUUAAAAAAAAAAAAGAUGAGAAAAAUUAAACAGGAGAUGGUUAUCUUAUCGAUGAUUUUAAAAUUAAAGAUAUAUUUGCCAAAAAAAAUAAAAAAUUCCCAUUGAAUUUGUCAGUAUUAUACUGGUUUUAUAUCCAUUUUUAACAUUUUCUUUUUGUAAGGCAAUACUUCACAAGCCAUUGUAGUAAACCAUGUGUGCCACAUACUAGAUCAAUAUUAUUUCUAGAAAGAGACUGAUAUUCGCUGUGAUCCUGAUAUAUAUAUAUAUAUAUAUAUAUAUGGAAUAGGCAUUUAAUCAAGCUGUUAACUGGACUAGUCCUCAAUAAAAUGCACUAAUAACUUUCAGAUAAAUUGUAAAAUUGAAUAUAUAUAUUAUGCCAUGAAGUUCUCCUGCACAUAUGUAUAUCUAUCAGUAUAGGUCUAUUUUAUAAUCUGGCAGUAUUUUCAUUGGGAAGGUCAUGUUUUCAAAAUAUGUAAUAAAAAAAUCAAAUUCACAGUGUGAUCCAACAUUGUGGCACACAGUCUAUCAAUCUUGGGGUAGCAAAGCGCAAACUUCAGACGGCAAAAAAAUAGCCUCCAUUUGCUCAUGCCAUCAUUAAUUCUACCCUUCUGUUAAUAUUACUAAUUUGCCAGGUGAGAUGGACAGAGAGCGAGACCCUUUGUGUGUCUCUGUCCCCAGGUUCUUUUUUUGCAGUGUCACAAGAGGAACAGUUGCAUCCAGAGAUAUAUAAUAGAUGCUGUUCCUUCACAUUGGCUAAUGCUAUUGCAGUAAUUACUGGAAUGAAAAACCUACCUCUGCUGUACUUCUACAUUCUAGCAACUUCCCUUGAUGCCUCUUAAUAAAGAAAUUACAAAAAUGCAUAUGCACGCUCUACAUUGUAUCCAGGAAGGCUGUAUGUCUGACAAAUUUAAAUCAAAAUUAAAGAAAAUAAAUAAUAUAUAUUAUUUAAUACAAUAUAUAAUAUUUGAGCUAAUUUUCAGUUUCCAUUUGGGUUUUGUUAAACCCAAAUGCAAUAUAAGUGACAUUUCAUCUUAAAGGGGAAAUUAUAAAGACUGUUAGCAGCUGCUGCCCAGCAGCGUGACUCCUAUCAAUCUUGUGUAAUGCAUAAAAUAUGACACAGGUGUUUAGUUAAAAUGUGAUUUUAUUCCCAACCAGGAUACAACGAUUCAGCUUUUUGAAGCUUUUAUAUGAACCACAACAUUGCUGAAUCCUGUUUGUCAAACAGUAAUAUGUCAAAAUAACUUUUGCCACCAGAUUGUAUUGAUGGCAAGUAUAAAAUUUGAUAAUUAGGUGCUUGGUGUUUCUGACUGAUUUUUCUUUUUGAUGUUACUUAAUUACUUUUCUUACUGUCUGGCAUCUGUUUUGCAAACUCUGUCUCACAAUAGUCCUGAAGGAGGACUUUAUAAAACUGAGCCAGAAAAAUAUUUUGCCUUACAGUAUUUACCUGCUUGAAUAGCAUGUCUUAUAAUUGUGACAAACAUUUGCUUUCAGUCCUGAACAGCGAUUUUCAGAGCACAUCAAAGAUGAAAAGAGCUGUGACUUCCAACAAAGGUUUAUCCUUAAAAGAGAUGAUGCCAGCAUGGACAGGGAUGAUAAUCAGGUAAGGUUUCUUGUAUUUUUUCCCCCCAUUAAUUUGUAAUAUUACAAUUGUUUUAUUUACCGUUUUUAUAUCUGCUUUCGUUUCUGACUAUUAUAGAUAAUUAUGAUGUGUUGGAUUUUAUUUUUUUGCAAUGAAGUGGAUGUGGGUUUUUUCCCUCUUCAUCUCUAGUGUCUAGGCACCUCCACACUUUCCACUGACAACAUGUAAAAACAAUAACUCUCCAUUAAGCUGUCAGAGUACAUGUAUGGCAUGAUCACUGCAUGCAGGAGCUGUGAUCAUGAUCACUCAAACGCAUAGCACGAUCCCCAGCCCAGUACUGUGCAAGGUAAUUGGAUGGCUCCAUUAGGUAGGUGGUACAGCCCAGCUUGAUCAGUGAGGAUAAACUCAGAAAUGGCAAAGAAUGAAAAGUUACAUUUUCAGAGGCUGGUUCUAAGGACUGUUAAGUCUUGAUAAGAUGCUGACAAUGUCCUAGUUAGGAUAGACCUUACUUCAGACAAAAAUAAAUUUAUUGUGGGCCACGAUAUUUGAGUUAAUCAGAACCUCGGUGGACACUCUUUAUCAUUUGUGUUGGGAGGAGACUAAGUCAGUUUCACAAUUAAAGCUUUACAAUGUGUAGGAGCUGUCUACCUCUUUGUAACAUGGUAGUAUUUUAUUUUUCCAAGCUUUAUUGUUCCUUUCCACCUUCAUUUUGCAUAUCUCCAGCAUGGAUCUCUUGAGAUCUGAAUAAACAUUUAAAAUCUAACACAUAAUAUAGCAUUAAAUAUCACUGCUAUUCAUAGCAACUUUUUAUAUAUUUCUCUGUAAAUCUAAUGUAGAUCAGAGUUCCGUUACAAGAUGGAAGGCGGAGCAAGUCAAUAGAAGAGCGCGAGGAAGAAUAUCAACGGGUACGGGAAAGGAUUUUUGCACGAGAGGUAAGUGCCUUGAAUGGUAAUUUUUAUAUUAUAUUUGGGGGAUAACUUUUUUCAAUUUGUUAUAACUAUAGCAGGUUUUAUUAAAAUUCAUUGUUGAAAUAUACACUGUGCAACACAAAUAUAACAUGUAUUUAAGCUGUAGUUGCAACCUGAAAAGUGCAGUGUGUUAUCUAAGCAAUUGGAAACCACCAGAGCAGCUAUUUUUUGGAAAGAUGCAAGUUCGUUCAAAUAUUUGAUAACAACCAUGCCACAUCUGGAGCAUUUAGUAAAGCAUGUACUUUACAAGCAGUUUGAUUAGCACAUACCAGGCAAUACAUUUUAGGUGUGUUGGUGAAGAAAAUAGAUGGUGUGUGUUCUUAGACAUUGUCACUAACAAGUCUCUGUUUCUCUUUUCCUUCCCAUCAGUCUGCACAGAAUGGCCAUAUUGUUGUUGAUAGGUAAGUCAAUAUUUUCAUACAAUUCCAAAUGUUUUUAUUUUUCCUACAAUUGAAAAAACUAUUUUAUUUAAAAUUACAGAACUGGAUUCUAACAAAUUAAGUUGCUUCCUAUUCUUAAUAUCACUAAUUCAGAAAAUAAAAAUGAUAAUGCAUAGUAAGUAAUAAAGUUUAAAAAACUAAAACAAAAAUACAUUUUUGGGGGGAUGAUAAAAAUGUCCAUAUAUUAAUUUGGCUAGUAAGCAGGGCAGGUGUCAUUUUUAUUUCCUGAUAAAAUUUAAAAGGGCAAUAUUUGCUAAAUGUCUUUCCUCCUUCCUUCUUAAUGUAACCAACAGAGUCUACAGAGAAGGCUUUACCUCUAUCUCUCACAAAAGGAGACAAUUGUUUAGGUACCUUCUAUGUUAUGUAUUUGAAGUAUCUUUAUUUUUUUGUCAAGGUCAUUGAUACCUCUCUCCCCCUUGCAUGGCUGCUAGUGCAGUUACUCUUGCAGUGUACAUUGUUUGAAGUGUCACUUUCUGUUUGUGGCCAGGGAUCCUUGCUGCAUUUCUUCACAGCUUUUGUCAGAAUCUGACUUUUGAUGUCUGCUGUUAAUUUUUUUUUUUUUUUUUUUAAAUUGUCUUUUGUUUUAUUUGUGCUUGGUAACUAAAAUGGCUUUAUUGUUUCCAAUUUCACGUUGUUAUAAAAUUUUUUAUUUAUUUUUUUUGUUUUGGUGUGUGGAAACUUCUUAGUAAGAGUUUUAAGCAAUGUGUGCAGUGUAUGAAAGGAUACACUCCAGGCACCAACAUAACUUUUUUUGGCCUCAUUGGUAUACUGUUUGUUUUCUUUUUAGUGCUCAAAUGUUUGUAGUUUUUGCAAUGCUCCACCUCCCAUUUCACACAAGACUCUCCAUUAACAAGAGAUCAGUUAGUGACUGCACUGAGUGAGCUGAACUGCUGCAACCAAAGUAACAUGCAUGAGAAGAGGAUACUCAGGCAGACCCAGUAAGGAUUUAACUACAUAUCGGUUUCAACUACCAUCUGCAGCUUGGAUGUGGAUUGAUACAGCUUAAUUGUUUAAGUGAGCAGAGGAAAGCAGCCAAAUAGGCUAAAUAUUACACUGGAUUAAUGUAAGUAACUGAAUUGGUUUUAACCCCUUCAGUGCCUCGGGGAGGGGGGGGGGGGCCUAAGGAUGCUAUAGUGUCAGGAAAACUAGUUUGUUUUCCUGACACUAUAGUGAUCCUUUAACUGCAUGGAACAUUAGUGCCAGGUAAACAAACUUGUUUUCCUGGCACUAUAGGGUUAUUGGGUCCCCCUCCCUCUAGGUUGAAUGGGGUUGAAACCACUUCAGCCACUCACCUUAAUCCAGCACCGGGCUCACUCGGCGCUGGUAACCUCUCCUCCCCCUGCUGACAUCAGCUCUGACUGCGCACGCGCGGCAAGAGCAGCGCACGCAUUCAAACCGCCCAUAGGAAAGCAUUACGCAAUGCUUUCCUAUGGACGUCAGCGUCAUCUCAAUGUGAUUUUCACACUGAGAAUCGCAGAAGCGGCCUCUAGUGGCUGUCACGUAGACCGCCACUAGAGGCUGGAUUAACCCUCAAUGAAAACAUAGUAGUUUCUCUGAAACUGCAAUGUUUUCAGCUGCAGAGUUAAAACCGGGGGACCAGAAGUGGGCAGAAGUGACCUGGGUGCCUAUAGUGGUUCUUUAAAGAAUCACUAUAGGGUCAUGAACACAAACAUGUAUUCCUGACCCUAUAGUGUUAAAACCACCAUCUAGCCCCUCAUGCCUCCAUAAAUAUAGCAAAAUAUUACUGUAUUCAAGCCUGAAGCUGUAGAUCUGCAUGCUGUUUGCCUCAGAAAAACAAGCUGUCUGCUGACAUCAUCAGAAGUGGUAGCCUGAUCCAUAGGUUUGGCUGAGACUGACAAAGAGGCAGUUUAGGGGCAGAGUCAGCAUGAUUCAAACACAAAUUUAGGCAGCCAUGACCCAGGAAGAAUCUCUAACAGCCAUCUGAGGAGUGGCCAGUGAAGUUAUCACUAGGCUGUAAUGUAAACACUGCAUUUUCUCUGAAAAGACUGUGUUUACAUCAAAAAGCCUGAAGGUAAUGAUUCUACUCACCAGAACAAAUGCAAUAAGCUGUAGUUGUUCAGGUGACUAUAGUGUCCCUUUAAGUUAAAAAAUGUAAAACAAUGGGCAUUAGCAAAACAUUAAAGGACCACUAUAGUGCCCUGAGGGUGCCCCCACCCUUAGGGUCCCCCUCCCGCCCGACUCUGGAAGGGGGAAAGGAGUAAAAACUUACCUUUUUCCAGCGCUGGGCGGGGAGCUCUCUGCCUCCUCUCCUCCUCCGGUCCGCCCCGUCGGCUGAAUGCGCACGCGCGACAAUAGCUGCGCGCGCCUUCAGCCGGUCGCAUAGGAAAGCAUUCAUAAUCCUUUCCUAUGGACGCUUGCGUGCUCUCACUGUGAUUUUCACAGUGAGAAGCACGCAAGCGCCUCUAGCAGCUGUCAAUGAGACAACCGCUAGAGGCUUUGGGGGAAGGCUUAACCCAUUGAUAAACAUAGCAGUUUCUCUGAAACUGCUAUGUUUAUAAAACAAUGGGUUAACCCUAGAAGGACCUGGCACCCAGACCACUUCAUUAAGCUGAAGUGGUCUGGGUGCCUAGAGUGGUCCUUUAAAUAAAGAUCUUCUAAAUGCCUUUUUAAGUGUUUUUUUUCUUCACACCUGCACUUCUGCUACUAGUCAGGGCGAUUCCAAGCUUUGCUGUUCUUACAUUGAGCAAAACGAGCAACCACAACCUACAGUUCCCUUCCACUCUAAUAUAGAGUGUAGCUGCUUCGUUCAAUCUACGUCCAUCCUGCAGUCAGACAGACAUAUAUUGAUACCCUUACAUAUUGAUACCCUGCCUUGGUGUCCAUUCUUUUUAAUACAGCCAGUCUGGCUUCCAGCUCACUCAGAUUGGUUGAUAGCUGAGCUGUGUACCCAUAAUUAUAAGGUCUUUUUCAGUAAUCAGGGGGGAGUUGGCAAGAAGGCAGACUUUUUGUGCCAAAUUCUGCAAUGUAUUUUUUCACAAAAAAACAAACAAGAUUUAAGCAUACAAAAAUAUAUAUUAAUGAGACCAAGGACAAAUGCAUUAAAUGGGACCUGUCAUGCCCCACCCACUCUUUUUAAAGAGCAUGAUAUUUCACCCAUAGGUUGUGCUAGUAGUUAUACUAGCAAAUGUAUAGAUUGGGAGAAAAACCUGUUUAAAAUGACAUAUUUCUACCACUUCUAAGUCAAAUGCUGAUUUGACUGACAAGCGACAGCAAAAAAGCUCUUCCAAAAAGCAGACCAUAGGAGGAACAGAAGAUGGACCCGGGGAUUAGUGUUUUACGAAGUGUAACAAAGCUCAGAAGAUAGCAACACAAUGUAAAUAUUUUACAUUGAAUAUAUAAUCAUUCUCUUUUUGCCAAUUGCUAUUUAUUCUGUUUUAUAUUUUUGUACUAAAAUUUUAUGUUGUAGAACUUGUAUGCUUACAUAUAGAAUAUUUCUCCUAUAGUAUCAGUCACCGUGCCUAUACCUCACCUCAGUGCUAUUGACCCAUUCCAAAUUGCAACUAUUUUACCUUCUAAUCUCCUCUCUUUUACCGCCUCAGUCUUUUGCAAGAAAGCCUGACAACAACACACUCUUCUGUCCCAUCCUUCCCUCAUCCACCCACAUUGGCAUCAUGUUUUGAUAUUGACCAUAUUUGAGUAAUUAGGGGAGUCAUCAGCUUUUAGUUCUUCUCUGCAAACAGCACUCUUACAAUCUUCAACAUUGAUUACUCGCCAUUUUUUAUUCUCAACUAUUCCUGCCUUGCUAUCAGACUGCUACCCUACAUAACAUCUCCUUUGCAGUCUUUAUAAAGCUGUUCACCCCUUGUUCCAUUCCAUGCCGUUUUUUCACACAUCAUUGUCCUCCCCUUCCGCCGCUAAAACCAAACGUCCAACACAUACGUUCAAGUCUCAUUUCAUCCUUCAUUCUCUAUCCCCAGUCUGGUCCCAUCCUUAAUGCAUUUUUCAACCUCUCCUUGUCUACUGGCAUCUUCUUCUCUUCCAUCAAACAUACACUAGUUAAAGGAUGUAUUCCUGACCCUAUAGUGAAAACCCACCAUUUAGAUGGCAGCUAUUAUACUCACCAGAACUACAUUAAGCUGUAGUUGUUUUGGUGACUAUAGUGUCCCUUUAACCCCUUAAGGACCAAACUUCUGGAAUAAAAGGGAAUCAUGAUAUGUCACACAUGUCAUGUGUCCUUAAGGGGUUAAAGGAACACUAGUGUUAGGAAUACAGCUUUGCAUUCCUAACACUAUAGGAAUCCUCUGCUCUAUAGCAUUCCUCCUAAGGCUUUUCCUCCGGUGACAUCAGCCGGAAAGGAAAACCUAAUGUGCACGCGUGGUGAGCUCCGCUUGCUCAUUAGGCCUUCCCCAUAGGAAAGCUAUGACACAAUGUUUUCCUGUGGAGACAUGCAAGGCACUGGACUUUCUCAUGCAAAGCAUGAGGACAUCCAGCGUGGUUUCAGAGUCAAACUCUGUAAAUCAGCAGGAAGCACCUUUAUUGGCUGUCUGGUAAACGGCAUCCAAAGCUGUCUUAACACUGGAAUGUAAACACGGCAGUUUCUUUGCUCACUUUUAAAUCUGCUCGACCUCUCUGCUGCCUUUGAUACUUGUCAUGGUCAUGUUAUCUUUCUGAAAGCUCAUUUAGUGUCUCCUCAGGUGUUGCCUUUUCCCUGCUGCCUCUCUCAAUUGGUCACAUUUUAUUCUCAAUGUACACUACCUCUCACUGUAACCUUAUUAACUCCUUUGGAUUUCAGCACCAUCAUAUGCUGACGAUACUCUGAGUUAUCUUUCUCUUCUUCAAUGUACCUCUCUUCCAUUUAUAACUGCAUGUCUUCCUAAAACAUAGUCUUUGUAAAACUGAACUCCUCUUUCCCCCCUCCAAUAGUCGUCCUCCAUCAAUCUGCCUGAAAGUCAAUGGGAUGCCUAUUACCCCACCUGCUGAAGCUCACUGCCCUGGUGUUACUUUGGACUCUGGUCUUACAUUUUCUCCUCGCAUCCAGUCUGUAUCCAAAUAGCAUAGCUUCCAACGUAAAAAUAUUGCCUGCAUUCACCCAUUUUUAACUCAAGAUUCAACUAUGGCACUUGUUCAUGCACUCAUUUUCCAUCUUGGCUAUUGCAAUGCUCUACUCAUUGGCCUUCCAAAUACUUUCAUUUCUCCUCUUCAGUCUGCGAGUGUUUCCUGCUUUACUUGCUUUGAACUAUAGUUCAAAGUGGAAGAGUGCUUCUCAGGCAGAAGAAUUGGUUUUAAGCAAUUUGAUUGCUGCACAUGUGCCAUCAGUUGUAUUUGAUUGGAUACAAGUCAUCAGUACUGUUGACCUCACAUAAGACCGAUUGAGCUGCAGCGAGAAGACUCUCCUGGCACUGGAACAAAUGAGUUUAAUUCAUUUAUUUUUUUAAUGUCCAUGUGGGUGUUUGAGCAAUGUAAAACCAAUAAAUGGAAACCCUAUAAGCACCAAAACUAUUUUGGCGUAAUUAAGUGGUUUUGAUGUACCACUGGACCCCAAACAACACUGCUAGAUAUACAGCUGCAAAAUAAUCCUCCCCCUCAUGCAAAUAAUACAAACAGCCUACACACAGUCCCCACAAACACAACACCACUUGCAAUCACAAGCAGCCACACACAUACACACACACCACCAAAUACACAAUAUGAUAUAUAUUCCACAAGCAUCCCCCCAUACACAACUCACAUUCAUAGAUCUCAUACGCCAAUCUUGUUUUGGCACAGUACUAUGAACCGGCUGCCUACCCCUGAUCUAUACAUCUAAACUGCUUCAUUAAGCAAAAGGUGUUUUUUUUUUUUGUUUUUUUUGGUGAGGGGCAUGGGGUGAAGAGAGAGUGCGCACACUUUUUUUUGUGUUACUUUAAUAUUUAUUUGGCUGGCUUUCAUGGAAUUUCAGUAGAAGAGUACUUAAUUCAAUCUUAAUUACCAGUAAGCCUUACAGUAGUUGGAAACCAGUGUUAGUUCUAUCCUUCAGCUGUCGUCAAGGAACCAUAAACCAUCCUGAAAUUUUCAUGAUACCUUUAAAUUCCAAGCUGGCUUGGCUUUCUUGAGCUGUUUAUCGUAUGUAUUUAAUUUUUUCAUAAAAAAAAGUAUAAAAAAUCACCAAGUGGAUGUUUUGACAGUCUGAAUUCACAUUAUCUUCACAAAAGAAGCACACACUUUACAAUCUCAGUAAUAGGUGCAUCAGAUAUAUCUACUGGAACACAUAACUGUACAUUUAAAAUCAUGUGCAUGUAAGCAUAGGUUGUGGUGUAGGGUUUCUGCUCUCGCCUCAUUGCACCCAGUCUAACUUCCUCCUCUACAAAUUCAUGUUGCGUUCAUACAGCACAGCCCUUGCCAAACAGUCAUACUUUUCCUCCCUCAUUAGCUCAUGCUUCCGCAAUCCCAGGCGUCUUUUUACUACCUUUAACUCCCUGCUUUGCCCUCCUGUUGCCAUCCGCCAAACUAACUUUUACAGCCAAUAGCUUUGCAUGCUACUUUACAGACAAGAUUGAACAGCUAAAGAAAGAAUUCUUCCCACCUUGCCCCUCUCUUUCUCAACCACACAUAGGCCAUGCCUUUCCUACCCUUCAGAAUUUCUCCUAAGCUACUGAACAAGAGGUGGCUGCGCUUCUCCUUUCUUCUCGCCCCACCACUUGCCUGCUUGAUCCUGUCCCGUCUCACCUGUUCAGAUCUCUCUCGUCUUGUCCUGUGCCUUCCAUAACACACAUCUUCAACUGCUCUCUCUUCUGGUGUUGUCCCUGCUGACCUUAAACAUGCUCCCUUUUUCCUCAAAGCUUCUGGAGAGACUUGUCUUGGCUGGAAAGACCCGUAUGUCUCACUUCCUCAAUUCCAACUCUCUCCUUAACCCUCUUCAAUCUGGCUUCCGCCCCCUCCACUCUACGGAGACUGCUCUUAUCAAAGUUACUAACAACCUAAUGGCAGCUAAAACCAAAGGCAACUACUCCAUAUUAAUUCUUCUUGACCUCUCUGCUGCUUUUGACACUGUUAACGAUGUUCUCCUUCUCCAAAUUCUUCAAUCACUCUGCAUCUGCACUGUCCUCUCUUGGUUUUUCUCCUCUCUCUUCCAACGCUCAUUCAGUGUCUCCUUUUCUAAUGAUACCUCCUCCCUUCUUCCUGUCUCUGUUGGAGUCCCCCAAGGCACUGUCCUUGGUCCCCUUCUAUUUUCUCUUUAUACUGCCUCUCUUGGCAAUCUUAAUACCUCAUUUGGAUUCCAAUGCCACCUUUAUGCUGAUAACACUCAGAUAUACCUCUCCUCCCCGGACCUAUCCCCUGCCGUCCUGCAAUGUGUUACUGCUUGCCUUCUUCCAUCUCUUAUUGGAUGUCCUCCUGCUUUUUUAAACUCAAUCUCUAAAACUGAACUCCUUGUCUUUCCUCCUAAUACUGAUCCUCCUCUUUCGCUCUCCCUUCAAGUGAGUUAUACCCACAUCAGUCCAUCCUUGCAAGCGAGCUCUCUUGACGUUAUACUUGAUUCUGGCCUCACAUUUGAGCCUCACAUCCAGUCUGUUACCAAAUCCUGUAGAUUCCACCUUAAAAACAUAGCCCUCAUCUGCCCCUUUCUUACACAAGAUGCUACUAAGGAUCUUGUACAUGCUCUAGUAAUCUCUCACAUGGAUUAUUGUAACUCUCUCCUAAUGGGUCUUCCCACAAGUCAUAUUGCCUCGCUACAGUCUGUAAUGAAUGCUGCAACUAGACUGAUUUUUCUCUCCUGUCGCUCCUCUCACACCUCUCCCCUCUGUCAGUCCUUACAUUGGCUUCAUGUAUCCUAUAGGCAUCAAUUCAAGGUACUAAUUCACACCUAUAAAGCACUGACCAAUUCUAGCCCCUCCUACUAAAUCUCUCCACUGAUCUGCAGGUAUGCCCCUUCUCUGUCUCUCCGCUCUGCCCGUGACAACCUCCUGUCUGCUGCUCGCACCUGUACGGCCAACUCACGCUUGCAGGACUUCUCGUGGGUGGCUACCUUCCUAUGGAAUAGCCUGCCUAAUGCCAUCAAGCUCUCCCCUAGUCUUCAAUCUUUUAAAAAGUGCCUUAAAACCCAUCUCUUUAGGAAAGCAUGUGGCCUCCCAGAGUAACCUCUGCCUUACAUACAUGUCUCUUGCUCUCUCCUAAAGGGCAGCACUAUAUUCUCUCCUCCAGCUCUGCUUCACUCCACCUUAUUUGAUUGCUACCUCCUGUCCUGUUGUAUUUUACGCCCCACCUCCUAUAGACUGUAAGCUUGCUUUAGCUGGGCCCUCUUCAACCUAUUGUUCCUGUAAGUUUUUGUAAUUGUCUCAUUUAUUGUUAAAUCUCCCCCUUUGAUAAUGUAAAGUGCUACGGAAUAUGCUGCCGCUAUAUAAAUACCAGUAAUAAUAAUAAUAAUAAUCUGGUAGUCUCAACCUGGGAGGAGUAAUCAUUUCAUUAGACAUUGUCUUAUAGAAAAUGUAAACAAUUUAAUUUAAAUACAUAAUAAAUUUGUUUUUAAGUCCUAUUUCAGCUGAUUUCAAUUCAGUACUUCAGUUUUUAGUCCCAUUGAAAACUUACUGACUGUUCUACAUGGUGGUCUUUCUUUUCUGUUAAUAUUUUAUAUUAAAUCACAAACAUACUGUGCUAUCAGAUGAGAUACAGAAUGUAUCUAGCUGGAUAUCACCAUGUUAAACACUGCAUUAUAUUUAAAAUUUAAAAUAAUAUAAAUGGAAAUUAUAAUAGUAUGGUGAUAAUUUUGGAAAUACUUUGUGUUCCUAUGUUGUUAAUGUUAUAAAUGUUGCCGUCUUCGUAUUGCGGUUUCCUGUUUUUAUGGGGUAAAUCUAAAUUAUUUAGGAAGUGUAGCUGUAACAGAAUGUGUCUCUGGCAUGCUUUUUGUAGAAUUUAGGUCAGCUUAUUCUUGUUGUUUGUGUGGUUGUUUCUUCAGAUAUGAUUAAUAUAAUAACGUUAUUUCUCCUGCUGGCUGUGUUCCUUUGUUGUCUUUCUGACAUCUCGACGGUUUACAUUUUGUUUACCCUUGGGACUCCCCACAAUUCUGCAUUUAUUUUCCCACAUUUCCUUGCUUCAUAAUCUUAUACUAGUUAAAACUAAAAAGGUUAUCUGUUUUAGUUUAACACACUUUUUAUACAGAGAACAGAAUCACACAAGAACAGAGGUGCCCAAAAGGUAGAUCCCACUUGGUUUGCAUGCCUUUAGAAUGACAGAGCAUCAUAGAAGCUGUAGUUUUGAAACAUCUGGGAUCUACCUUCUGGGCACCCCUGCACUAGACUUUAGGGCUACUGGGAAAGGUAAUUGCUUCUAGAUGGGUUGUCGCUGCUCCUUGCAACUGAUGCUAUAUGGUCACUUUGUUUUCAUGCCAAUUUUCUGAAAGAACUCAAUCCCUGUAUAUAAUUGAACAAUAACUUUUAAUGAUCGGGUAUUAAAUAGAAGCCUGGCGUGUCAUUGAAAAGGACUAAGGAGUUAAUGAGAACUCUUUGAAAUCAUUUGUGUCUUCAAGGGAAAAUUAACCCAAAUUAGACUGCAGAAAAAAAUGUGAUAGAAGCAGUCAGGUGGGCACACUAAUAACUAAGAAAAAAAAAAGGGGAAUAUAAUGGCAAUGCAGCACAGGGAAGAAUAUCAGACUUCCUCACAUAGGAGAAUUAAUAUUUUACAUAAUCUUUGCAGUUCUAGGGUUCUUAAAUAAGUAUUGUCACCCAUCAUAAGGAUAUACAGAAAAAAAUAAACGUAACACAGAAAAUCAAAUUCCAACUAGCAAAAUAAGACCGGCUCUAGAAUAGUCUCUGGGGAUAGGUUCACAACAUAUGUAAGACAAUAGCCGUAUAGUGAGUCCACCAGUUUGUGCACAUUUCUAACUGUAUUGUUACUCUGGUGGUGUCUUCACCAGGAGUACCUUGAUAUUCUGAAUCUCUCAGGUCUGAAAGACCUGUGUGGAUUUUUUAAUACUUAAAGUGACUGUUACUCCAAAUUUACCUUUCUCAUAUUGGUUCUUCUUCUUCUCUUCUACUUUCAGAAUUGUUUCUUUAAUUCUGAUCUAUUUCUCUUUAAGAUAUAAGACAAAGUAGGGAUGACUUUGUUUUAUGGUUUGGUUUUUUUCUUACACUUAUCAAUCUUGGCAAAGGAUGGGGGCUUAAGGCAAGCUCCACUUUCUUUGUCAACCUAACAUAUGACAUGCAAUGUACGUUAAGAAGAACAUGAGGGAAAACGCCACACUGCACAUAAUUAUACCAGAUUAGGUAGGUAGUGUAGCACCUUACACUGCAUUUCCGUGUACAUGAUUCUGAAUUGAGUCCUUCCUCAAAAGUUAAUUACUUAUUUACUGUGUUUGCAAUACUUCAGUGGCUCCAAUAUCCCAGGCAGUUUAUUCACAUUGGGUUUUGUAAUUGUUGCAUCAGGCUUAUCUAGGGGAAAAAACAUUAUAUAUAUAUAUAUAUAUAUAUAUAUAUAUAUAUAUAUAUAUAUAUAUAUAUAUAUAUAUAUAUAUAUAUAUAUAUAUAUAUAUAUAUAAUUUUAUGAUUAUUAUUGUAUUUAUAUAGCGCCAUCAAAUUCUGCAGCGCUUUACAAUGGGUGGACGAACAGACAUGUAGUUGUAACCAGACAAGUUGGACACACAGGAACAGAGGGGUUGAGGGCCCUGCUCAAUGAGCUUACAUGCUAGAGGGAGUGGGGUAAAAUGACACAAAAAGGUAAGGAUAGUAUUAGAUUAGUGACAGUUGCAGAAGAGGAGGAAGCUAUUAACCGUUUAAUUGAUACGCUUUUAUGAAGUGUAUUUUUAAUAAAUAAAUAUAUAUAUAAUAUAAUCUUCCUUUUAUUCUUGCCUUUUACUUUUUUUUUUUUUCAUUCCCACACAUGCACUAUUUCAACCUAAAAAUGUAUAUAUGGAAGAACAGUUUUGUUUGGCUGUAGGUUUGUGGAGAUGUAAUGUUUUCUGGUAGGUUAUUUUAGAAUUGCAAGAGUUCUGUAUGAGAAUACAGCACAACUCACUUUCUUGUAAAGGUAAUGGGGAGAGCAAGGUGCUGAAAGUGGACCUUACAAAGAGUAUGGAGUGCAGGUCUGAACAUAUAUUUUUAUUGGUGUGAGAGCUUACUGGCAAUGCAAUUUAUGAACUGGGCAAUGUAACAGUAAAGGGUAUAUCUUUAUCAGUGUUAUUCUUUUUAGUUGUGUGUACCAUUUUGUAGUGAUUUAUUCACUAUUUUUCACAUUCUAGCUAAUUGAAAUGGAAAACUCCAGGCUAGACUAGCCGAGCUGUGACUGUAGCAGAGUUGGAAACUUUCUUCAAAUCUGCUAGUUUAGCCUUUAUCUUGCCAUUCAAAUACAGUUUCUAAUCUAGUAAAUAAUCUAGUAAAUUUGUGGAGAGGAAUUUGACAUGCUGUAUUUACUGCCUCCCGAAAGUCAUUCAGACAUUACCUUAUGUUGUACUACCAGUUUAUUCAUAUCAGAUUUUGAACAGAGCACCACUGUUAGGCCAUGUAGUUUAGCCUAGCCAAGUUUCAAGAUAUUUAUAGGAGUCGGUAACUGCAUGCCUGUUCCUAAAAAGCACGUUUUUGAUCUUGUGUAACAUUUGUGGCCUCUGCUGAACUGCAAGUGCUGUGACUUUUUAUUUAGCUGUAGGCUCUGAAAGUAUUUCAUGAAGGUAAGACUUACCACCAGUGUCUACUUCUGAUUAAUACUAGAACUUUUUUUUUCAUUGUCUGAAAAGCUAGAACUGUGUGCUGGGUAUUUUAAGGGCACUGAAGAGCUGCAACAGAAUUUAAAAAAAGUUACUUUUGUUGAUGAAUCAAACUGGUUGUUUAUGGGGUAAUGUGUCUCUGGUGAUGGGAGACUUACUGUUAUCUAGUAAAAAUUAUAUACUUGUCUCCGUUUUGUUUUGCAAGAACUCUUUUGAAUAUGUCAACAGACAUAAAUCAAAGUUUUUAUGGUAGGCUCAUUUUCCUAUGUUCUCAGCAAUUAACAAUUCAGUCUUCGUGAUUGGAGUUACAUCUCAAAAAUCUCCCUCCUUGCAAGUUUUGUUUGCGUUUAUGAUAGUAUGGGCAUAAUCAGUCUUGUAUAAGGCCAUUGCAAUCUCUCCCUACUUGCAAAAUAUAUGCAUGGUCUAUCGGUUUGUAAAUGUGUGUAUGGCAGUGAUAUCAAGCAUUUUAAUUGUACUUUAACAGUAUUUUUUUUAAAUUUUUUGCGUUGCUCGGUUCAUUUUCUAUAUGUUGAGGAUCUAACAGCUGAUGCCUCUGGAAAUCACCUUUUGGACAUCAGUCAGGUUCACAAUUCUCAAUGUGCCCAUACUGGCAUAAACUUCUAACAAGGCGAUUUGAUGUGCAACUGCUAUCACAUUAAACCGGCCCAGUUCUUACAGCAUGGCUGCACCAAAUGGAUUCUGCUGGUAUUACUAGAUUUUCUCUGUUAGGUUUUUUUUUAAUUGUAUUUUUUGUGUGUGACAGAAGUCAUACUUGUUUUUGGUUUACAAUUUUCUAGAUCAAGGCUUGACAGUUUUUUUUCUUUUUUUUUUUCUUUAACGUUAAAAUCCCGGGCCAAUACUUAGAAGACGGGCGGGCAUAGUUUCAUUAACACACAAACCAUUCCUCUCGCACAUACCUAAAUAAUUAUACACACAAUCAUAGCACGUAAUACACUAUAAUAUAGACAUUUUAAAUUUGGCUAUAUUUGCAUGUACGUGUAGUUAGCCACUCAUGCAUUCAUACACCACGUUAGACAAUCACACAUACAUGACAACUGUACAGACAUUCAUUCAUAAAUGCAGAUAUCUGUUUCUUUAUACAUUCAUGCAUAUGUAAAAUCCUUCCCUGCCUUCUCACUGCUCAGGAAUCUUGUGUGCAAGGAGGAUGAGUAGAUAGGAGGUCUGAAUCUGAUCCUUGGUUUUUAUUUUUUUUUGUAAAUAUAAGUUUAUUUGUAUAGAUUUGCUGUAGCAUAUACAAUCAAACAUGCAAUAGUGGAUCGGGAGACACGCAGGUCUCACUUACAGUGACAAUUAGUUAAGUAUUUAACAUUUACCCAGUAUUCCUAGAUACUUAUAGGCUUUAUUAACCUCAUGUGUCUAUAGGUUCCCUAUCUCCUUCGUUCCCUUUCCCUUCCUCUCUCCUUUCCUUCCCCCCCUUCCCCUCCAUCCUGUAGUUCCCCUCUUCUCAUCCUUCUUCUCCUGUACCCUUUCCUUCUCUGUCUCUCUCCCUUCUCUACCUCCCCUCCCCAUCUCCUCCUCCACCUUUUCCCUGUUCCCCUUCGUUUUUGCGUUCUCUGGAUCAUGGGGCGCUCUUUUAACUAUAGAGGUUAGGUUUAUUUCCUUCCGCUAUGGGGAUCCCUAUCUCAUGGUCCGUUUCGUUUAUCCGGGCAUUGGCACAUUCUCUGGACAUUGGUAGCCCCCUACUUUCUGGACUUCUAUCUGUGUCGGAUUUCGGCCGGAUGUCCGGUGUGGGCGGUUAUACUAGUGUCCUAUGUACCUUUACCUCUUGCAUUUUAUUCUUUAGCGUUGUGUGUUAUACUGUGGUUCGUUUGUGCAUCUUUAUUGUUCUGUACAUUGUGUUGGGCUUGUCUUACGGUCCUGGGUCUCCCUUCCCUUGGUCACUACUUCAGCUAAUGCAUGUUUGUCUUUACCUCCGUUUGGGUUGCUUUCUGAGAUGGCCGACCACCAGGCAGUAUAUACCGCUUUCGUGGGUGACCAUGUCUUAGAGUGCUCGUGGUUGUCUCCGUGCGUUCCAGUCAGCACUAGAACUGUAACUAGGUGUGUUUGUUUAAUGGUUCAUUCUGAGUUUGCUUUUGUGUGCCCAGUGUGUUGAUCCUUGGUUUUUAGUUGGGAAGUGGAUCUAUAUGAAGCUUUAGCAGAGACUGCUUCCCUCUCUUUUCUUUUACUUUUAAAUGCUGUAUUCAAGCAAAGCACGAAAUGGACGUAACACUAUAUUACUUCCUCCCAAUGCUGUCGAGAUGCUGCCUGGAUUGAAGUGAGGGGUAGCAAGGAAAGCUGCCACUGCUACCAUAUCAUGCAGUGUCAGACAGAUCCUAACUGACUCAGUGACCCAGGCACUAGCUGGAGACCUCCCUUUUAUCACUUUUCUUGGCACCAGAGGACAGAAGAAAAAAACGUAAUAUCACCAAAGGUCUAUCUUAAGGGACAUCUUUUGAUCCCUCCUGCUUAAAAGGGGAAUAAAUUUGGGACCCUAGAUGCGCCUCUUGUCUCCAUGGGAACAUUGUGCCUAAUUUUGUAAACCCCUUUUAAUAGUGUUUAUGUAUAUUGAUAUUUGCACAGUACUCUCCUUUUGUAUAAUAAUACAGCUUGAUGUAAGCAGUGUCUUUUCCUGUAGAGGUAACAGAGAUUUGCUGAAUCGAGGCUCUUGCAGUCGGCAGAGCAGCACUGAAAGCGAAUUGAAGUCUCUGGAUCCUCGACCCUGGAGCAGCACAGAGUCUGAUGGGUCUUGCCGCAACAUGCGUCCUCCUGUAACCAAAGCCAGCAGCUUCAGUGGCAUCUCAAUCCUAAGUAGAGGAGACAGUAUUGGCAGCAAUAAGAAUGCCAUUAACCGAUCUGGCAGACCAGGUAAUAUUAUUAACCUAUGCAGCAUACCUCCAUUUCAACUACAUUUGCGAACACAAACAAACUGUGUUCACAUGCUUUGUAAUGAUACUUCAUGGAAGCCUGUGCGUAUUCUAGAUUUACCUUGUUUCCAUGUCCUUCACUGCUGCAAUCUUGAUUUACUGUAAUAAUCGACACCCUUCUGUUCUCCUCUGUCAUUAAUCUCUGUGCAUAUGUAUAUUUAAAGAAAAUUGUUAAAUCAGAGCCUAAAGUGUUUUGCAGCUUUCACUGACUCAUUGCAUUCCUUCCAUUUCAAAGAUUGUUUUUCAGCUGUUGAUAUUGAUACAUACUGGUGUAUUUGGCAAUGCUGUGCACCCUUUUCUUCUGACGUUCUCACCACUUUCAUUGCGCGUUGAGGCUUUAUUUGUUUGUUCUUGGCAGGCUUGCCGGUAGGCACUCCAGAAGUAUGCAGCCAAGCCUCCUCCUCACAACAGUCCACUCGAAGUGUCAUAUCUUGCACGGCACAGCAACCGCAUCCCCAUCCUCACCAGGCACUUCCACCCACUCCUCAGCAUCAAUCCAUGAGUAACCACUUAAUGUCACAGGUGAGUCACCAGACUGUCAUCAAGUCCAUCUACUAUAUAAUGUCACUGCAUCUGUCUCACUGCUUACUUGCCUAGUGCUUUCGCUCUUUCUUCAACCUGUGUCAAUCUUGUUUUUCCCUUCCUAGUUUUCUCCAUCUCCUCCUUCUCCCUGUUGCUGUUUCCACUGAUAUUUCUGACAUCAAACCUUUGUUCUCAACUUUUUUUCUCUCCUUGUAGUUGGUCGUGCAUAUUUUAUGUUCUCUGCUUACAUUUAAUGAAAUGAUAGCACAAUUUCCAGUAUAGUAGAAAGGGUCAGAAUUUAUACUUCUUUAAAUAAAAAAGUACUUGUUUUACUUUUAGGAAGUAAAUAAAAAAUGGUUUAUUUUCCAUUUAGCCAAAUUUUUGGUUUUUGGACCAGCUUUAAUUGAAUAUGCAGAGAAAAUCUUGUCAAAUGAAAGAAAAUCAUUGUAAAUCAUAUCAAAUAAAUUUUCAGAGAUAAGGCAGUGUUUACUUUGCUGCCUAAGAUCACCUCUAGUGACAGUCACUCAGGCAGUACAUCCUAGACAGUGCUGCACAAUGAAUUCUCUACGUGGGGAUGCCGAUUGGCGCAGCGUUAUGCCGCGCGUGCACAGUAGCCUCCAAUGCUUUUCUAUGGAAAAACGUAUUGACUGAGAUCAUCAAGAUUGAUGAUCUUAGCCAUGAAGAGUUUUAAACAUGUAAGUUUUAAACUUUUAAUCUCCACGAGAGGCAGUCCAAUGACCUAAACAGUGAUUGUUGCAUAAUAGUGUCAGGAAUACAUGUUUGUAUUCCUGACAUUAUAGUGUUCCUUUAACUGUUUUGUCUCAGAAGGCAAAGCCAUACUCUCUGAUGGUUGGUGUGUCCAGCUGUGGUUAUUCUCAAGCUACAAUCAUCUUUGCUUACUUGAAGAAAAAUGCAGAACUCAGUAGGGAUAUGUAUAAAAAGUGACCUGUGACAGAGGUGAAAUUGUGGAGCAAAUUGAUUCUGCUGAAUACAUUGAUUUCUAUAGUGAUUUCUCCACUUUAGAAACGCCAUAAUUAUACAACUUUUCUAAUAAUAAUUUUAUACAGGGGUGUGGCUUGGACAUGAUGCAUAUGGCCCCAUAGAGCUUGAGCUCCCCUCUGACACACAGCUAAAUCGGGUAUCUAUACUUAUUUUUGCACCCAAAUGGGGAAAAAUAAUAAGAAUCAGGCUUCCAAAAGAGCCUAAGUACGAUUUAAGGUGGCACCUACCUCAUUUCUACGCCAAUAUCUGGUGACUGUCCGGAUCGGCUUGGAACCUUAACAUGCAGACUCCAACACAAUAAAUAGACAAGCUGUAUACUGGCCCUCAGAGUGGCCAGGCUAAAGGUAGGAGUCAGAGAGAAUGCAGAGGUCAAGGACAGGAGAGAUAUGGAUAAACGUUAUAACAAGCCGUGGUCAAAGGAUACAAGAGAUCAGGAGAAUUGAGUAAACAGACAAAAUCCGAAACCAGGAAUUGGAAUUACAAGGAACGUGUUCUUGGGCUAUUAGAAUCACAACAGGGUAAAAGGCGAGGAAACAUAUUAAUGAUGAGAUUUAAACAGAUUUGAAGCAUAAGAUACAUGAUUAAUCCACCGAAUGACUAGAAGACCCAAUGUAUUUCGGAGCAAGUUGUCUGCGAAAAAAAGCCAUAUGUCUCAGAGGAUCUUCUAUGAAAUUUGUUCCAAAAUAGAGCAAAAAUAGGUAGAUUAGAGUCAAAGCCUGAAGGCAAUCAGCAUUUUUUUUUCUGUUUGAGACAAGGUGUUCUGAACCUGCUCCAACAAAGCAUGGAAAGAAGGUUUGUAUCCAAAGCGAGUCUUUCAGAAAAUAUCUUGGAUGGCAUACUAGGACACUAGGUUGUACACCAUAAGCCACAAGGAACUGACUUAGUCCAGUAGAAACAUGAUGAGCUGAGCUUCUAGCAGAUUCAGCCCAUGAGAGCAGAAUAAGUUAUAAAACCGCACAAGUACAGUUCCAGUGGUUGGUUAGCCGUUCAGCAGCUCAGUUUGUCUGAGAGUGAUACGCUGAGGAAAAUUAAAUUUGGAUUCUGAUCUCAGAGCAAAAACGCCUUCAGAAUCUAGAAAUAAACUGGGAUCCCCUGCUGGAGACUUUCUAUAGGAUUUCCAUGCAACCUAAAUAUCUCCUUUGCAAAUACUUUGGCCAAGAGUUCCACAGUGGGUAAUUUCGUCCGAAAUAUAAAGUGGGCCAUGUUUGAAAACCGGUCAACCGCCAUUAGGAUAAGUGUUGCCUUUAGAAGGUGGCAACUCAACAAUGAAGUCAAUAGACAGAUGUGUACAGGGCAUCUCGCAUGGGGUUCUAUUCAAAGUGUAUGUCAACUUGGUUUAGGAAACCACAACGCAACAUAGGAUCCCCACUGUAACUGUGGAGUAGUCAUAUGUACCGGAGGUGGGUAAUUACCAGCUACUGGAGUUGGACUAACGUACAGGGGCUACAGCAGUAGCUUGAGCCACCGACUGCAAAUGAGAUGUACGUGAAAGGAUUGUUUGCAAGGCCUAGGUAAAUUCAUCCAUACAGUUGAGAUGGUGUGCCACCAAACUCCAGCUUUCGAGGGCCGCAUGCAGGUCAGGAGUUUGACACACAGGUGGAUCAUGCUAAAUAACGGAUUAACUCACUUAGGUUUAAACUAAGAUAAUAAAAUACUAGGCCUGUCUGUGACCCUUGAGGCCCUCAAUUGUUUAAUUACAAUUGGCAAUAAAACAAAAUUUAUACUAUGCUUCCCUUUCUUAGUAUGAACUUCUAUUCUUUGUGAUAAUGUGUCCAAAUAAUUGAUUCUUGGUUUUGUAGUAUCCAUAAAAUUUCUGCACCACAAUUAAGAUUAUAAAAACUGUAGUUAUUUUAUAUCUUCUAGAUUAGGUAUUUAGAUGUGCUUCUUUUAAAAAUGUGGUACUAACAUACUGUUUUUUGUUUUUUUAUUCCCCAACUCCCUUCCCCAUCCUUUUGUUUGUCCUUUUUCUCACUCCGUACCCAUCCUUUCUUUGUCCUAUUCUCUGCAUGCUGCUCUGCUGGUGCCAAGACCCUUCAGCCCUCACCACAACCGGUCCAGUACUCCGCCAGCUCCUGCCCCCAAGUCCUUCUGCCAGUCUCACCUCCCCAGCAGUUCAAUCUGGUAUAUUCUAUUAACCAUUCCCCUCCUCCUCUUAUUUUAUGGAAUCACUUGUGUGAGGGUUUGCUUACUAAUUAGUCUUUUGUUCCAAGAUUGAGUAUUUCUGUGGAGAAGGAUGAGUAAUUGCUCCUGCUAGUCUUGUCAGCUUUGUCUCCUGUCUACAUUCUAAAAAUGGAACUCUCAGUUUAGCAGUAUAGGCCUUUUUUUCAUCAAACAGAACUGGAGCAAUUCCAGAGCAAAGUGCCUACUGAUGGAGCAAUCACCAUAGAAACUAGUGAUCUAGACAUGCUGAUUGUUUAAAAUUAACAUUUUACCUUAGGAUUGCUCAUGUUUUGAAAUAAACUUGUUUCUAUCUUUUCGGAGAGAAAGAGAAAAACUUUAGACCAUGGGUGUCUGAAAAUGGAACAUUUGAUGAAAUCUGGUUAAGCAUCCUAGAAAAUGAAGUUCACAAAUAUUAGUAGUGUCAAGGUUAUCCAUUGUUCUAAUGCAAGAAUGACUAAGCUUGACUUUCUGUAUGUGAACUAUAUUUCAUUUGGUGCUCAGUAAGCCAUAAGACAUAUUUUAAGAAUUUUCUUUCCUUGGUGAGUCCCUUAAAUGCAUGUUGGUUUGUUCAUGGAUACUUGUGCCUUUGCUUGGCCACCUUACUACUGUCCUGAGUUGGCUCUGCUGAUGGUCUGGAAUGUUGUGUGAUUCCUGUCCAUACCAUCCUAUUCAUGGAUCUUACUCAUAUAGGACUUGACAUUUUUACAUUUAGUUGCACAAGUUGUUUUUCACUAGCAUUAGAUCCUUUUAUUUCAUUAACUCUUAAUUAUAAUUCCUAGUGCCUGCGUAUCCAUAUGUUUUUUGCUGAAAUGGCAUGAUCUUUAAUCUAAUUGUAGAAUUUUUCUCCUGUUCUAAACCACUAUUCCAGUGUAUUGGAUGCUCUUGAGUAUUUAGGGACUUCAUGAUAUGAUUAGCAUUUUACUUGGUUUGUUUUUAAGUGGAUUUGUGCCCAGUGUAAAGAGUUCUAUAUACAUUUUUGGCUAUAUACAUCUUUGGCUUUUGAUUAGUCCGAUAAUGCUCUCGAAAUCUUGGCUAUUGGGGGUAGUGGUAUGAUACUACUUGUUGCUUCAAAUUUAAACAUUUCUAUUUGAUUGUUGGGAAUUAUAGGAAUAUCACAAUUAAAUUGUGUCAUUAAGAGUUGUUCAGUCUAUUACUAAAAUGUUCAUCAACUGUAUUGAUUUAAUAUGGGUCUGUGUAGUGUAGUGUAGCGUGUCAAAUUCAGUCACACUGUGUGUGUGUGUGUGUGUGUGUGUGUAUAUAUGUAUAUGUAUAUGUAUAUGUAUAUAUAUAUAUAUAUACAUAUACAUAUAUAUGUGUGUGUGUGUAUAGAGAGAAGUAUGGCUUCUAACAUACGAAGAGGGUCAUAAUAAAUAUAUAAGAUGAAGCAGUUUUUAUGUAUAGAUGAUGCUUCUGCAGUCCCACUGCUCAAUUCUUUGUCACUUAGGAGUUACAUCACUUCUAUUUCUGAUUAUACAGCCCUAGCCACACUUUACCUGGCUGUAAAUCACACAGCCUCCAUAAAAAACGUUUUAUGUUUACUCAGAUAUUGUGCUUAAUUCAGAAGUUCUUAUAUCCUAUUCUGUUAAUUAAGCUUUAAUUGUAUACAUGGCUCCUGUAGGAUCUAGUAGGUAAUUAACAGUGCAGGAGAAAAUACUUGAUUUAACAUUUUGUAGAGAAACUAGAUGGGCAUGAUCUAUAUACCGAAACCACUUAAUUGAGCUGAAGUUGUUUUGCUGACUACGGUGUCCCUUUUAAUCUGCAAUUAAACUCUUAAUUAAAGUAAACCUGCUUUUUUUUUUUUUUUCAGAAUUAUUGUUCUAAUAGUUAUUUGAAACAGCGAACACAUACAUAGAGUUAAGGGGCAAAUUUGUGUGUACACUAGAUGGACAAAGUGUUGGGACACACCUCUAAAUUAUUGAAUUCAAGUAUUUCAAUCCGACCAAUUGCCACAGGUGUAUAAAAUCAAGCACAUAGCCAUGCAAUCUUCAUUUAUAAACAUUUGAAUUCAAGGGUGGUGCUGUGAUAGGAUUUUGUGAAAUGUCAUCCUUGAUAGAUAUUCUACGGCCAACUGUAAAUGGGAUAAUUCAAACGUGCAUGCGUUUAGCAAUAGCAGCAACUCUGCCACGAAGUGAAAGACCAUGUAGAGUCACAGAGCGGAGUGCUGAGCCACAUGGUGCGUAAAAGUUGCCCAUGCUCUGCUGUUUCCUGAGCUGAAUAGUUCCGACUUCCACGGACAUUAAUAUCCGCACAGAAACUGCGGCAUAGCUUCAUGGAAUGGGUUUCCAUGGCUGAGCAGCUGCACUCAAAGCUGGCUUCACAGAGUACAAUUCCAAUCGUUUGAUUAAGUGGUGUAAAUUUUACCUGCCUGACUGUAAUAUACCAACUGUAAAGUUUGGUACCGGAGGGAUAAUGGUAUGGGGCUAUUUUUUAGAUGUUGGCCUAGGCACAUUACUUCCAGUGAAAAUAAAUCUUAAUGCUUCAGUAUACCAAGACAUUUUAAACAAUGCAUCCAACUUUGUAGAGAUCCCUGACCUCAUCCCUUUCAAACACAUUUGGGAUGAACCGGAAUGCAGAUUGAGAGCGACGCCUUCUCAUUUAACAUCAGUGCUUGACCUCACAAAUGCUAUACUGCAUAAAAGGGCACAUAUUCUCACAGAAAUGCCAAAAUCUUGUGGAAAGCCUUCCCUGAAGAGUGGAAGCUGCUAUAGCUGCAAAGGGUAAACCAACUAUAUAUUAAAGGAACACUUCAGGGCCAGGAACACCAACAUGUAUUCCUGAACAUAUAGUGUUAAAACACUAUCUAGCCCCUCCUGGCACCCUCUUGCCCUCCUAAAUAUAGUAAAAUCUUACCUUAGUCUUCUGGCUCUAUCUUAGUCUUCUGGCUCUGCUCUUGAUCUACCUUCCUGGCUGACUGAAGUGAAGAUCUCAGCUAAUCACAAUGCUUUCCCAUAGGAAAGCAUUGGAUUGGCUGCGAUUUUCAAUUCUGAUGAACUCCGCCAAGAACGUGGCCGGGGGGGCAUAGCCAAACACUGCCCUGGCCAAUCAGCUUUUCCUCAUAGAUAUGCAUUAAAUCAAUGCAUCUCUAUUAGGAAAGUCCAGUGUCUUCAUGCAUAGGGCGGAGACACUGAAUGUCAGUGUUGCACACUGUGCAGCACUGCCCCAGGAAGCACCUCUAGUAGCCACCUGAGGAGUGGCCACUGGAGGUGUUCCUAGGCCGUAAUGUAAACACUGCCUUUUCUCUGAAAAAGCAGUGUUUACUGCAAAAAUCCAGCAGGGGCUAACUAUACUACAGAAUAACUACAUUAAGCUGCAGUUGUUCUGGUGACUACAGUGUCCCUUUAAUGUCUUUGUAUUUAGAAUGCAAUGUCAUAAAAGUCCAUUUUGAUGUAAUGGUCAGGUGUCCCAAUACUUGUGUCCAUACAGUGUGUGUAUAUUGCUUUUCAAAGACACAUAUAAGAUUACAAUUAUGUAAAUUUUAAAUAUUUGUUUAUCCUUUACCAAAAUACUGAAGGGAUGCUUUAGGCUAUAUUUACACCAAUUUUGCAAAAUGUAAAAGUGCAUAUUUUAUGUCUUUAUAUUGUGAUUUUUAAAUCAAAUAUUUACAAACUUAAUUUGAAAGACAAGUUAACAUUAUUGCACUUUUUGUUUGUACCUGAUUAAACUCCCCUAAGUAUUUGCAGCAAAUUUAAGAUCUUUUAAUCACUUUUUUUGUAUUUUAAUUUUUUAAAUUUUUUUUUUUAUUGCAGGCUGAUGAUCUAAACAGUCACUUUGGGCAGAUGACUCUUAGUCGGCAGGGUUCCACUGAGACACAAGAUCCAGCCUCUGCCAUGUACCAGCCUUCCCUGAUAACCCAGCAUCCCCAGCAAGCCGGUUUCAUCAUGGCAUCAGGGGGACAAACAAUCCCCACAACCGGCUACCCUUCCUCAGGGCACCCUUCUCCUACUCAGCAGGUCAUCCCUCCACAGGGAUUCAUGCAACCUCCACAGCAAGUAUGUUCCUAUAUUUCGAAUUUUAAUGUUCACUUUGAUGUGUCUAUCUCUUGAGUGCUUUACGCAUGUAAAGAUAAUGUGUGCAAGAAUUGAAAAUAGAUGCCUGUAAAUGCUUUGAUCAUUAAAUACCGUAUAUACUCGAGUAUAAGUCGACCCGAAUAUAAGUCGAGACCCCUAAUUUUACCCCAAAAAACUAGGAAAACUUAUUGACUCGAGUAUAAGACUAGGGUGGGAAAUGCAGCAGCUACUGGUAAAUUUCUAAAUAAAAUUAGAUCCCCAAAAAAUUAUAUUUAUUGAAUAUUUAUUUACAGUGUGUGUAUAUAAUGAAUGCAGUGUGUGAAUGCAGUGUGUGUGUUUGUGAUGCAGAGCCUUUGUGACAGACUUAUUUUUUUAAAAUUAUUAUUUAUUUUUUAUAUUACUAUUUUUAUUUAUUGUAAUUUUGUAUUUAAUUAUUUUUUCGUCCCCCCCUCCCUGCUUGUUAGCUGGCCAGGGAGGGGGGCUCUCAUUCCCUGGUGGUCCAGUGGAUGUGCUGUGUAGGAGGGGGCUGGCAGUGAGCUUUUACUUACCUUUCCUGCAGCUCCUGUCAGCGCCCUUCUCCUGCGUGCCGGUUAGCUCCCUUCUCCUCCACUGCAAGUCUCGCAGUGUGAGUGCCGCGCGGAGCAUUGCUCUGAUCCCCCAGCUCUUGCGAGACUUACAGUGGAGCUGACAGGGGAGCUGACCGGACCAGAGGAGAGAGUAGGAAGCUGACAGGAGCUGCAGGAAAGGUAAGUUACAGCUCUCUGCCAGCCCCCAACAGGACCGCCGGGCUUGAAAUGAGCCCGGCUGUGCUGGUCUGUAUUAUGGCAAUGUAAGUUGCCAUAAUACAGACAUUGACUCGAGUAUAAGCCGAGUUGGGGUGUUUCAGCACAAAAAAAUGUGCUGAAAAACUCGACUUAUACGCGAGUAUAUACGGUACUUAAAUUAAAGUAAUAACAUGAAAUACACAUGGGACAAAAGAUGCAUUGAAACACAUGUAUAUGUUUUUGACCCUAUUGGAAUUAAAUGGUAUUAAAAUUCUGUAUAAAGUACUGAAAUUGAAGUAAUACAUGUUUUCCGAGGCUUGCAAGCCUAUGAAGGGAUCAUUUUCUGUGAGGUAAACAGAAAAAAAAAUCACCCAGAGUCUCUGACAGACGCAUGACACACCACCAAGCAGAAAGCCCUUUAAUAUGUAAUAAAGGCUUUUGCUGCUGAAUUCAGCUAUUGCCAGGACCUUCUUUUAAAAGGAGUAUAAGUGGAAUCUGCCAUUUCAUUGUUUUACUUUUAUGGGGAAAAAAUACAGCUUUGAAAACAUAGCAAGAUAUUCAUUAACAAAUAUCAUCGCGUGUUCUACAAUACAUAUAUUUGUGACGGUGUUAAUACAUUUGUAUCUUGACAUAUUGUGUAAAACAGGUUAUUUCCCAGAUAUAUGUUGUAGAUAACCCGAAAACCCCACAUUAACUUAAGAGUGGUUUUGAUUCUCCUGAAACAUUUCAAGCUAUUUGUAUGGAUGUUGUAAUAUGCAGACAUUAUUCAGAGGUUUUAGAAUAAAUGUUAACUUUUCAUCUUUUUUCUGAAGAUUCAGGUCUCGUAUUACCCCACGGGGCAGUACCCAAACUCUAGCCAGCAAUACCGACCUCUAUCACACCCAGGGGCCUACAAUUCACAACGCAAUCAGCAGGUCACCCAACAGUCUCAGCAAGCAGGUGAGAUGGUAAAAGGGCUCUUCUUUAAUUGGUUAUGUCUGAUAUUUUCAUCAAAAUUACAGGUAAAGAUAGAUUGUAUUAAAGAACUUAUACUCUUUCCAAAACAGCAGUCAUUCCUUUAUUGCUUAAAGGCAAAGACAAAUCUCCAAGCCGGAGAUCAGUUAGCCAGUUAAAGCUUCACUUGAGCACAGUUCAUAAAUAGUGCCUUGAAUGCAGAGAGUGGCAUUAGGAGGUUUCACCAAAAGUCAGACUUCACAUGAUGAGAAACUCCACAAUUGGGCAUGAACUGGAUCAAGGCGUUUCUUUUCAUGUAAAGCCUGACGUUUGUUUUAAUUAUUUUAUAACAAGAUUUGAAGAAAGUUUUCUUUAUUCUUUCAAAAUAUCUAUACCUAUAUUACUGUAAUAAACCAUGACUACAACAUUUUGCUAUAUCUAGAUAGAUUGGAAAAACAUUUCCACGUCUGAAUUGACAAUAGAAUUGUAAAAUUAUGCCCUACGUAGGUCUCUAUCAGUGAUUUCAGCCUCUGUUGCCACUUCUGAACAAUAUGCCUCUUUUAAUGACAGGUAUUCAGUCUGUAAUCCCCAACCAGCCUGCUGCUUACCAGGGCAUGAUGGGAGUCCAGCAGUCUCAGAAUUCUGCCAUCCUUAACAACCAGAGAUCCAGUGUUGGAAGCCAAAUGCAGAGCAUGAUGGUGCAAUACACUCCACUCCCGUCAUAUCAAGUGCGUGUCAUGAGAACAAUCCUUUUGUUUAUUAAGUAUUUUUGAACGUAUAUUUGGCAAUCAGGGCAGGUGAUAAGACUUUAGAUUAUUGAAUGUGACGGCAGAUAUGAACAGUUUGGCUCAUCUAGUCUGCCCAAUUUUCUAGGUACAUCCAUUAAUCCUUGGCCUUAUCUUAAAUCUAGGAUAGCCUUAUGCCUAUCCCAUACAUGAUUAAACUCUCUCACUGUGUUAACCUCUACCAUUUCUGCUGAAAGGCUAUUCCAUGCAUCCACUACCCUCUCAGUAAAGUAAUACUUCCUGAAAUUAUUUUUAAACCUUUGCCCCUUUAAUUUUAAGACUGUCCUCUUGUGGUAAUUUUUCUUCUUUUCAAUAUAGACAUAAUAAUACACCUAUCAGACAAUUUGUUUUUGUUUUCAUACAGGUCUAUAAUUCUAGCAUACUGGAACUCCUUUCCCAAUUUUAGAUUUUGUUUAUUUGUGGUUCUUUAUGUUGGGAUUCUAUGAGGUUGUCCUCAUAAGAUAGCCCAUCAAUAUGUAGGCAAAGAACUGUUCAGUCUUGGUAAAUGCCUCUUUUUAUGAAAACUUCUUUAUGCAUCUAGUGUAAAUUGUUCAAGCUUGUUCACAUAAAUUAUUGUACUCAAAUUUCAAAUUUUUUUGAUUUGCAGGUUCCAGUGGGCAAUGAAUCCCAGGGAGUAGUGCCGCAGACGUAUCCGCAAUCUGUGUUGGUACCUGCAAACCAGUCUGUUCAGGGAACAAUGCCUGCUGGAGGGAUGCCAGUAUAUUACAGUGUUAUACCACCGACACAGCAAAAUGGUUCCAGGUGUGCUUCCUGCAUGAUUUGUUUGUCUUAUUUAAGCCUUAUAUUAUUUUUUUUUCUUUCUUUCUGCGAAAAGUGAUUAUUUGAUAUACAUUUGCAUAGUCUUGAAAGUAUUGUGAGUUUUUACUUUAUGGGUUCCUUUUUUAAUUUUUUUUUUUUUAAAUAUUUGUUUAGAUGUAAAUAUCUGCUGCAUGCAUUUGUAAUAUAAUAUACAACAUAUCUUUAUGACUUCCACACCUUAAAUGUGGAAUUAAAUGUUGUAUUGCAAACCUUAUUGCUUUUUUGUUUUUUUCUCCCAUCAUUUUGUCUCCUGCUAUAGUCCUUCAGUUGGCUUUCUCCCACCUCCUGGCUCCGAGCAGUACCAGAUGUCUCAAUCUCCUUCGCCCUGCAGUCCUCCACAGCUGCAACAGCAGUAUUCAGGUAAGUAUUGUUAGAAUUCAAAAACGUGCAAAAUGCUUUCCCCACGCUCAGUGAGUCACUCUGGGUUUACUAUAUAUAAAUCAAUUUUGGGAAAUACCUCAAGGAAGAAAUAGACCAAUAUAUAAUAGUGCAGAUAAUAGAACAAGUGCCGAAUGAUACAAAUGUAUUCUUUUGCGCCUACACCAAGGAAUACAUAUGUAAUAUUCUGGACUUUUUACAACCUGGGUGUAGCGGAGGAGUGACAACUCAUAUUUCCAAGAGCCUAUGAGAAUGACCCUGUUCUAUAGAGCUUUGAAGCCUCUUUAGAGCGACUCAUUUCCUCUAUGUGCCUCUUGGCUCCUCACUGCAAAUAAGGUAGGUGGCCUCACAGGAAAAAGAGAAAAAUAUGGUGCUGUAAGCUCCAUGUAGUUAACUAAGGGUAUAAGAGAUGACUAUGCUCACAUGCCCGGGAGUCUGUUAAUGUGAGCAAUUUUAAAGCCUGCAUGGCUGUUUGCAGUUAAUGGCAUUACUCAAAUUCAUUAAGAAGCUUAUGGAGUAAAGUGUCCAGUUUAAAUAUCCCAUUCCUCUUUUCUUGGCCUUACUUCCUUACAAAAUCACCCCCCACACAUCCCAAAUCCUUUUUUUGCUAUUUUAAGUGUUUUUAAAAAUUGGGCGAGCGGUGGGGAGAUGUGCUCUCUGCAGCAUUUGCAAGUCUGUCCCUCUUUCCGUGACACCUACUGUUCUCAUUGAGAAGUUUCUGCUGGAACUGCAAGUACCAUAUACACAAUCAUUUUUUUCCAGUGCUUGUCGAUGAGUACAGCUUAUUGAGAAGAGGGCAGGCAUGGCUUUUUGUAGUUUAGUGUACCUGCUGCUUCCGUUAGCUCUGUGCAGAUAAUGGAAGCAGAAGAAAACCUCCCUGACAUUCUGAAUGACAACAACCAUAAAACUCAAGCGCUGUUGGUGGGGAUUUUAUACCAUAAAUACCAAGGUUUAGAUAACUUUUAUUAAUAUCUAUACUAGGAUAAUUGCAGCCAGAUCUAGAUAAAGGUUUUUUUUUUUUUUUUUUUUUGCCUCAAAUAUGUGUGUUUUCACAGUGUAGCACCUAAUUAGAACAGAGAAAGAGGAUACUAAAUAUUCUCUAACCUUUUAUGCAAAUACAUCCAGAUAAUUGAAGUUGGCAAAUGAAGGGGAUGAUUUUUAUAUGUGUUGCUUCUGGAUGUGUUUCCAAUGAGAUAUAAAAUAGGUUAGAGUAUGGCUAACUUUUAAACACAAAAUGUCACUGUAAACCCUUAUGUAAAAACGUGUGAUGAUUUGCAUCAUUAUAUAGUGUAAUUAGCAGAUUUGGGUUAUGUGCUAUGAGUCGACCGCUCUUACUGUGUACAUUAAUAGCAUUCAUUUUGAAAAACAUGAAAGAAUGAGCCUGCCUUAAGUGAAACCACUGGCCUUACAUAUUUCCUGCCACCAUCAAACCACUAAGUGCAUUUUGCAUCUUUUUAUACAAAUUUGUGUAUGUGUUGAAUGCCUCUAGGAUAAAUGUCAAAAGAAAAAAAAACAACACAGUUUUCACUUCACAACAAGCCAGUCAUGCUGUCUUCUGCUGCCAUCUUCUGUCCUUUCUGUAUUACUGCACCCUGAAUAUAAAACACUAAUUCAUGAGACUUUUUUUUUUUUAUUCUUUAUGUUGCCGUGCAUGUAAAAUACAGAGUGGCUAUUGCCGGCGUGUCGUUAAACAUUUAGAAACGAUUGUUUGGCAUCUCAAAACAUUGCACGUUUUAUAUUAUAGUGUAGUUUCAUCAAGAAUUAAACCAACUACACUAAUUUUUGUAAAAUAACACAUAGAAA